CUCUCCAACGGCACCAAGCUGCAGGGCCUGGUGGCCAGCUUUGGUGAGAUCUUCAAUCUUGGCUUCUUUCCUCAAGGGCACCUCGCCUUCCUUCUCAGGUUCCCCGGGUGCCUCUGCCUCUGCCUUUCCUUUGCAUUUCUUCUUUUUCUUGUUGGGCACCUUAGAGCCCUGCCGUCCGCAUUCUUCUGGGCUGAGCUGUGCCUCCAGUACAGAGGAUUCCUCCAGAGCCAUCAGUGGUUGCUGCUCAGCUGGUGGGAGUCCAUUUCUAGGGGAAACACGAGCAAGGAAGAGCAUCACGUGGAGAACAUCCAGUAAAGCGGAAACCUUGUCAUCGUUUCAGGUCGUUAACAGCACUUGCAAUACACCACAUGUUUCAAAAUCAGCUCAGGAGGUUUAAAAAGAGAGAGAGAGGGUGCAAAGCGUCUUCCGGAGACCUGGAUGGAUGCAAAAACAAAUUGUAGGGAUAACUUGAUGUGAGAAAGCAAUGGGGAAGAAGGGAGAGGAGAGAUAACAAGAGGAAAUUGGGUGAGUGUUGGCUUCAGCUGUUGAAUUUAUUCCUGUUUUGCAGCCGUGAAAGAAAGAAACAGGAGCCCCUGUGCAAGAAGAAGAAAAAGAAGAAGAAGAAGAAGAAGAAGAAGAAGAAGAAGAAGAAGAAGAAGAAAAGUUGGUAACUAAUUUAUUUAAACACAUGCCUACAAUAAUAAUAAAGGUCUAUGACUCACCGAGAUGAAAGUCAGUAAUAUUUUUCUAGUGAACGCUGGCGAUCUUGGAUAGGAUUUGUGGAGCUACAGAUCACUUUUGCAGAUGCUGUCAAAUGUCAGCAUCACGCAGGAAAGUUCAUUUGGUGAAAUUUUCAAGGGUUUCUUAUUUAAAAGACUUUUUUUAUGCCCAGGCUUUCUUCGUAGAGUACAACAAACAUUUUUCAAGGUCAUGUACAUAUAUAGCUUUCAGACGUGCAAUUUGAUGGAAGCCUUUUGUAGGAAAAUGUAAGAAAUUGUCACCAUGCCAAUCUCCCAGUCCCUGCAGAGCAAACUCUGGCCUCCCUCCCUCCUUCCCAUGAUGGCUUGCGAGGAUUCAAGUUUCUUUUCAGUAUGCCUGAGACAUGCUGACUCUCUCCAUGACAACCAGCUCUAACAACUGAGGACCCACAUCUCUCUCUCUCUCUUCCCUAGGUUACCUGUGAUGGUAUUUGCAUGCAACCAGUCUCCUGUUGCUUUUUAAAGACACAGGUACAUUCUUAUGAGGUGCACAGACUUAUGUGCCUGGCAGAAGCAUGCAAGUGUAAACAGAGAAUUGGCCAGACCCCCGGGGGGGGGGGGGGAAUCUACCUAUUCAUUUUGGCGUGUUUAUGUGGAUUAAGCCUUGGUUCUAAAACCAGUGUCUUAGACCUUAAGAAGACAUCUGAAGGCAGCCCUGUUGGAAUUCACCCAGAGUGGCUGGGGCAACCUGGUUAGAUGGGUGGGGUACAAAUAAAUUAUUAUUAUUAUUAUUAUACCUCUUUGGUCACAUCUCCUGCUGUAUGAUUUGGCUUCUUUUGUUUGAGGACCCAGAUGCAGGGAAUGCUACUUUAGCUCUUACAUUUUGGGAUCUUUUUUUUUUUUUUUAAAUCAUAUUUAUUAAAGUUUCCAAAAAUAUAAAAAUACAAAGAAAAAAAGAAAAAGAAAAAAAAGAUAUUUAAAAACCUUACUUUCAUUGCCUACUUUCUGGGACUCCCUCCCCCGACUGUAUUCCCUUUCCUUAAUUUAGUUCUACAAGCUCUCACUCCCAAUUUGAAGCUUAAUUUGUUUAACCCACUAUCCAAAUUGAAUUGUACAAAUCUUACCACCGUCCCACAUCAUUAACAAGAAAAGAAAAAAGAUUUUCCCCAAGAUCCACCCCAGUUCCUUCCACGAAUUCCCUUUUUUAAACACGUCCAAUCAAAAUAAAAUGACAUGCGUAAGUUAUGUAAAAAAAUAAAAAAUAAAAGAUAUAGAAAAUUCAAAAGAUGGUUACACAGCCAUUGGAUUUCAAAUAUCCCCCCCCCCUUCCCCGGUUUGAAUUCCCAUAUCCAUCAGUCUAUGCAUUAUCAGCUUGGAAAUCUCACUCCAUGUCCAAAUUUCUCCCCGAGUCCUUCUUGCCGUUUUUCUUUUAAUUGAUUAAUAAUAUGUAACUACAAGUGUCCAAUCUUCCAAAGGCCUUUAAUUUCCUUGAUCUUUACCACUCCUCCCGUUGUUCUUUCCGUGUCGUAAUCAGUCCUUUAUUCUUCUUUUCCUCACUUUCUCAGGUUUCUUGUCCUGUUCAGCUGCUAAAACUUUCUAAUUCUACAUUUUGGGAUCUUGGGGACACCCAGGGUGCAGCCUGAGCUCUCCUGCCUCAGGCUGUGUAAGCAGAAAGCACUGGUGGCAGCCUAUUACUGGCUUUUAUUGACAGCAUCCGCUCCCCCUUUCUGUGUGUGUGUGGGGGGGUGCUCUGCCUUGGUACCCCCAGGUGUGGGACUGAGGUCAGGUGUUUGUGGAGUCCCAGGGGGAGGAACUGGACAGCAAUGUGCCCACAUUUGCUCCCAUCUAGACUUAGAAGGUAGGGCCGCGGGUGGCGCUGUGGGUAAAACCUCAGUGCCUAGGACUUGCCGAUUGUAUGGUCGGCGGUUCGAAUCCCCGCGGCGGGGUGAGCUCCCGUCGUUCGGUCCCAGCUCCUGCCCACCUAGCAGUUUGAAAGCACUCUUAAGUGCAAGUAGAUAAAUAGGUACCGCUUUAUAGCGGGAAGGUAAACGGCGUUUCCGUGUGCUGCGCUGGUGCUGGCUCGCCAGCUGCAGCUUCGUCCCGCUGGCCAUGUGACCCGGAAGUGUCUUCGGAUGGCACCGGCUCACGGCCUCUAGAGCGAGAUGAGCACGCAACCCUAGAGUCGGACACGACUGGCCCGUACGGGCAGGGGUACCUUUACCUUUAGACUUAGAAGGUAAACCUUUUGCAAAGCACCUCCUAACAAAAACUACCAGCAAUCAUGGGUGUAGCCAGGGGGAGCAGUUGCCCCCUCUAAAUCAAGUAACUAAAUACUCAACUAACUGACCAACUGAGUGGCAGAUAGCUCUGCCCUCCCGCUAACAAAAGUCCUCCCCCCCACCCCCGCAAUACCAGCGCCCAUACCAGCGAUGCUCAAAAGAUUUGACACGGCAUUCUAGGAAAGGGGUUUUUGUGUGAUUCAUGUAAGGUUUAUGCAAAUGUGAUUUGUGCAAACCACAGACCAAUCUGCGAAGUCCCUUCCAACGCUACAAUUCUGAUUCUGUGAAAUGAACGAACCGCAGAGGGUCCCUAAAUUUAUGAUUAAAAUGACCCAGCAGAAGGUUGUUCACGCGGAGGGGACGGAAGAGCUGCGUUUGUGCAGGGAUAGCAAAGCGUGCAGUCCCGGCAGCGUGCCCUCAGAACUUGCAGCCGUACCCUCAGAAACCUAGGCUAGAAUGCACUGGGCAUUUGUACUAGGGUGUCGCUUCUCGAUCUCGUGGCUGAGAUCAAAGUGAAGUAUCUGGGUUGUGUUUUUUUUUACAGUUUAACAUUUUGUUCACACCUGGAGAAUAUACCAGAUAUUAAAGAGAUUUUUGAAACUAGGAGAUGGAUUUGUGGCUUGCUCCACGCACUGAACCGGGAAUUGCAGUGUUUCCAGGUACAGUGCCAUUUCUUAAUUUUGGUUUAAAAACAAGUGAGUGAGUUUCUUGUUUUCACAAGUGUUAUGCAGAGUUUUCUUAUUUUAAAAAAAGUUGUGGGGUGAACGUAGGGAUUAGAUUGGUAAUUGACACCUUUUCCUUUCCCCCCCUCGUGUUGCAAUUUUAGCAAGCAGUCCCUCCUUUGCUUUCUUCUUUACAGAUGCAUAUAAAGAUAGCGAGGACUAAAAAUGGGGACUUCAGACCACGAAAGCGUAUGCGACAAUAAAUUUACUACCGUGAUCUUCUUUGCCGUUUUUACUUCUUCUCAAGCAGGCCUGACUUUUUGGAGAACCUCUCUCUUUUAAUCAGCCCAUUUGAAAAGAAAAAUGACACCAAGCACGAUUAUGCGCGCAAAAAGGAACUGAAAAUACUGGAAGAAAUACUCGUGACUGUAGCAAAAGGACGCCCAUAAAUCCGUUUGUCUCUGACAAACAAGCAACAAGAGUCUUGCUGCGCCUUAGGUGGCCCUCCGGAUAGUUUUGAGGACUGCAGCUCCCAUCAGCCCCAGCCAGCAUGCCCAAUGGGUAGGGAUGAUGGGAGUUGCAGUCCAGCAGCUGUUGCAGCCCCGCAGCGGAUUUCCCCGUCCCUGGUUUCUGGAAACUGGGGAGCUCGAACACGCUUUGCUCCUCCCUUGCUUCCCGAGCUCUCCCUGCAAACCCCGCCCGGGAAGGCGUACAAAGCAUCCCGCAAUGCAACUGCUUUGGCUGGACUCACCGAGGAAACUACAGAUCCCAGGAUCCUCCGCGGCGGCCUCAGCUGGAAAGAGAACGAAGGGAGGCGGCGGGAGAUUCAAACUUCCAGCGCGGAGCUUGCUUGGCUCCCCCAGAGGAAGCGCAGCCGCCGGAGAUGGAGCAGACCCACCAGCGCGCGGGGGGCGGGCAGGCCCGACCCACCUGUGAGUUGCCCGUCGGGGUUGGGCUGGGCUGGGCUAGUGGGGGACGGGCUCACAAGCCCAAAGAGUCGAAGGUGGGGGACCCGGGGAGAGGAAUGUAGCACAGAUAUCUGUUUGUCUGACUGCAUUUCAAAUUAUGUCGCUUUUUUCUUUUGCAUCCCUGGUGAGUGAUUUAGGUGCAAUCCUAUACAUUCUUUGAAGUCAUUAUGAAAUAAUAACUAUGAUUCUAUGAACUGAAGACAAGCAAACGAGAUCCACAGUUCGACCACACCUUUGUGGGUGGGAUCGACCGAAACGUGGCGAGCUUUCAAUCUGCUCAGAGCUAUUUAUCGGACGAAAUAUUACAUAAAAGGGGGAGGACAAGUAGCAAGGGGGGCGUUAUUUAACCUGAAAUCUCUAUCUUGGACCUAAGUCCCUAAGUGUGACCUCAUGGCUACAACACUCAGCCUAAUUAAAAAAGGUCUCCUCCAAAGUCUCCCUGUGACAGGGAGGAGGUGCAGUUGAAGUUAGUAAAGCUUUUAUUCUGAGUACCGGUAAAUGUGCCUGGGGGAGCCACAGGGAUAUGCCCCUGUUCCAGGUGCAGCAUAUUCACUUACCAUGUAAUUCUAUACAGGCAUAUCUCCUUGGAAGUAAGCUCCGUUUUGUUCAAUGGGACUUACUGCCAGCUUAGUGUGUGCAGCCAUCUGCAUCUCAAAAUACUUUGCAUUCCACCAUUUGCAGAUUUUUCUUCGUUUCUCUUGGUAUAUAUCGUAACUUACAAAAGGUGAAUGAGAAUGGAAGUUUAUUUUUAUUGUAAAAUCAGCCCUUAAUAAAAUUAAGCAGCUGUUAAAACCUGUUUAUUGAAAUUUUGGGCUGUUGAUUUUGACCCAUGGACUCCUUGGUCCCCCUCACCACAAAACCUGUGUCUGUGGACCAGCAGAAAGGCAAAUAACUUUGCUGUGUACUCAGAGGAAUUAGUUGCUUACCUUAAUUGGAUUGACAAGCAUAAUUAUCAUAAUAAAUAAUAUUAAGCUUCCUUAUACUGAGUCAGACCAAUGCUCCAUCUAGCUAGUAUUGUCUACCCUAACUGGCAGCAGCUCAGGCAGGGGUCUCUUUUCUUUUCUUUCUGCGGGGGUAGAUACAAUGCAUGGUUUGGCCACGUAGGAAAGGAUGCCGGAUGAUAUGGAUGUUGGAUGUGAUCCUAUCAAGCAAUUCUUCCAUUGAUAUUUAUCCACUCUCACCCAACUGCCUAUGAAGCAAUGUUUUGUUAACUUUCCUCUUAAAGCAGCAGGGUGUGUGUGAAAGAGAGAGUAAGCACACAGACAUACCACACAUACCCCUCCUACCAUGCAAAAUAUCUGUUUACAUGCUUUCGAAAGAACCGUUAGGAAUGAAGUGAGUGCCUGUGAAAUGCCUUGCCAGUUUGGCAGCAAGGAUAGGGUUUGAAGUGAGUGAGUCAUAACAUUGACUGGAGCUGUUUGACCUAUGCUUCUGUUUUCUUUUUCUUUCUUUUAAUGGGCUCCUUUCCAUUCUGGAGGAAUGAUUUCCUACUUCUCCAGAACUGCAUUUGCUUUGUAUGCCAACAGGACAGAGGCUGUAUAUAGCGUUGCUGUUAGAGCACAGCUAGGCUCAAAGUUGGUGGGCAGGAAGCUGUUUCUUGAGACAUUCUCUAAACAACUCUAAAUGUCCAGAGCUGGUUAGGCUCAAAUCUUUUCAUGGGAGAUAAUAUUAAUCCCUGGUAAGUUAUCUUUUACUAGCAGUCUGGCUGGUAAUAACGAGGUACGGUGCUGGAAAAGCCUGGAGGGUGCUUCUUUGAAAAAAAUAGGUACAAUAAAAUCUGGCAAAUAGCACUUGUUGAAACUAUUAAAAUAAAAUUGGCAUAAGGUUUGAAGCAUAAAAAACUGUUUUACAACUGAUUGGUGCAGCUCUGUUAUGCACAUGGCUAAAAAUGAAAACAGAGGACUCCCUUCACAGUAUACAACUUUGCGAUUAGCAGCAUACACUGUUUAUCGCCUCCUAUACAAACAUUUACUUUUGGUGUCAGCGUGGAAUCUUCUACUUUAUGCAUGUAUGGUGUUAUGAAAUGUUGUAAGAAUCUCAUUCAUAUAUAGAGAGAGAUAUUCUAGGCCCUUUAGAGCUUUAAAUGGCCAAGACCAGCUCCUUGAAUUGAUUCCAGGAGCAAAGUAGCAACCAGAGGCUGCUAUGAGAUUGAUCAUACUUCACCAAUCAAUGCCAGUCUGAAAACCUCAGUUUGAACUGAGUGUGCAAAUAGCAGUUUUGCUUGCUUUCCCCAGAUGAGCGCCUUACAGCGGAUGAAAUGGAUGAGAAGAGGCACCAGAACAUCGCCUACCAGUAUCUCUGUCAUCUAGAAGAAGCCAAGCGGUGAGGGUCCUUGUGGUCGGGUGAGGGUCUAAGAGGGCCUAAAUCAGGACAAUGAGGGAGCUUUGUGGUCAAGUGGGGAUUUGAACCCAGGUCUGAGGUCUCUAACUACUACACUGCCAUACCCUGUAGGACAAGGCACACUAGACUGGAUGGGCCUGCAUUGGUCUAAUCCAGAAGAGCUUUCCUUAUGUUCUUCUGCCACUAUUGCUUGGGGGGCAUGGGGUGGGGUCUGGAAGGACACCAGAACGGCUUCUGAAGGCACAAGGGGACAGCCAUUGAAUAAAUCAGGCCACCGCUGGGCAUGUGUGCCGAGGAAACAAAAGGCAUCCUUUCCCUUGCUCUCUGCAUAUUUCAGCUGGAUGGAGGGCUGCUUGAAGGAGGAUCUGGCCUCACCAACUGAACUGGAGGAGAGUUUGCGGAAUGGGGUCACUCUGGCCAAGCUGGGUCAUUUCUUUGCACCUGACGUGUGUCCCUUGAGGAAGAUUUAUGAUCUUGACCAGGCCCGUUUCAAGGUGAGUGUUUUCCCCUUGCUGAUGCUCAGCUCACGACCAUUUUGCCAUUUUGCCUCACUAGGGCACCAAAUUGGUGAAGACUGGGCUAGAUUGAGUCAUGGUGGGACUCUGCGUCAGGCAGCUUUAGCUUUGAUUUUGAUCAGGAGUCUGCAGUUUUUUCACUGGCUCUGUUGGGUCAUGUAGUUGCCAAUAUCUUCAGUUCCUCCUGCUGCACCUCUGUGGCACACCAAUCUCUUGCUUUCUCUCCUCUCCUCCACCACUCAGCUCCGAGGUUGGAGAUGGAAAGGGUAGGGGGCUUGUUGGAUUAUUGUUGCCCCCCUGUUCCACAGUCCAAGGCUCUCUAGCUGCCUUGGUUAUGCAACACCACGCACGCACGCCCCCCAAGGGAAUGAUCCGUGUGCAAUGGUGGGGUUGUGACUUCCACUCCCAUCUGCAGCUCUAAGACUGAGACCGAAGCUGGGCUCAGUCAUACUUACUGAAGGGCAGUGUGCCCCUUGCCCCAGAGAGCGAAAAUGUGGACCCUCUUUUUAUUUAUUUCUAUUUUAUAAGCUUUUUUUGUCCAACCCUUCAUCAUAAAGUCUCAGGGCAGGAUACAGCGAUAGAAAAUUAUUUUAAAAGUUACAGCUACAAAAGACACACAACCAUUAUUAAUGGAACAGAAUAAAAAUUCAGCAUACGAGGUGGGUCCACAAACAUACAAAUCUGAUCUAUUUCAGAGGCAUAAAAUCUGAAAUACUUUCAAAGGAGAGGCAUCAAAAUCGAGCAUUGAAAAGCUGCAGUAAUCAAAAUAAUAAGGGAACAAGUUGGCAUGGAAGUAGCUAUUUACCUCUCAUUCCAUGUAAAAUACAUUAAUAGAGAUUGGUGGUUCUGCUGCAGUUCACUUUUCCUUAUAGCGGGCAAAAUUUCAGAAGGCAGAGCAACACACAGCAACUGUGAGUAAUAGCAAACUCACAGUAGAUAUCCUGUCUUCAGUCCUAUCAGAUACCACAGAGUCAGCGAUCAAAAUUAGCCAGGUGCCAGGCGUGUUUUGUGACUUGCACGGGUCCAAUUGCGACCAUGUGGAGAUCUCUGGAUGCCAGGCUGGCAGCUGGGGAAAGCAAAAUGCCACUUACAGAAAGAUCUGGAACAUUUUCCUUGAAGCUUGAAUUCGUUUUAUUCUGGAUUGUUUUAUUUGAUGCUUUGAUGUGUUGUAAACCGCUUUGAGAUUUGAAGCGGGAUAGAAAAUGAAAUAAUAAAUAAGAAGAAGAAGAAGAAGAAGAAGUCCCAUCGGGGGAAGGGGAACGGUGCUUAGGUAUUCCAUUGUGGCGACCACAGCCUAGGUUUAAGGCGCCUAUAUCUGAGUUUCUAACACUGCACACAGUAAAGUGCAGAGAGAUGGCCCUGGGUUUUGGUUCUCAGGCUGCCCCGAAUGAAGUGCUUCUUCUUUCCUUCAUUCUAGGCCUGCGGGCUGCACUUCCGACAUACGGACAACAUCAACCGCUGGCGGGACGCCAUGAGCCACAUAGGAUUGCCCACGGUAAUGGAUUCACCUUCUAGUCUCUUGGUACAGUGGUGCCUCGCAAGACGAAAUUAAUCCGUUCCGCGAGAGUCUUCGUCUAGCGGUUUUUUCGUCUUGCGAAGCAACCCUAUUAGCGGCUUAACGGAUUAGCGCUAUUAGCGGUUUAGCGGCUAUUAAAGGCUUAAAGGCUUAGGGGAUUAGCUGCUAAAAGGCUAUGAAAGGCUAUUAAAGGCUUAGCAGAUUAGAUAAAGGGGGGGGGAAAGCGAAAAAAAUAUCUCUAGACUCGCAAGACAUUUUCGUCUUGCGAAGCAAGCCCAUAGGGAAAUUCGUCCUGCGAAGCAACUCAAAAACGGAAAACCCUUUCGUCUAGCGGGUUUUCCGUCUUGCGAGGCAUUCGUCUUGCGGGGCACCACUGUACUUAAAAAGGUUGCGUUAAUCCAGCAGCUGGGAAGCUCCAGCCCGCAAGCCCAACAUGACAGAAGUUUAUAAAAUUACGCAUGCCAUGGAUAGAGAUAAGUUUUGUCCCUCUGUCGUGUAACACUAGGACUCAUGGGCAUCCAGUGACUCUGAAUGUUGGAAGAUUCAAGGCAGGUAAAAGUCCUCCUUCUAUGAAACUCGCUCCCACAGGAGGCAGUGAUUGUCAUGAGACAAAGGUUCUUGAGAGCAAAAGAAGCAGCAAGGCCUACACAAUCAUUCAAGCCUAAGCCUGCUAACAGCAAGCUGCUAAGUCACUGUGACUCAGGUGAUGACUCAUUCUCCCUAUAAAAGUAGCCAGUCUCUCCAGGGGCCUCAGUCAGAGAGCUGUAUGGAUUGUGUAUGGAGUAGUCUGUGGAAUAGUGCUGUUGUUGCUAUGAAAAGCUAAGGCAGACACAGUUGCUCUGGGACUCUAGUAAAUCACUAAGACUGUGCCUCUGUCUAUGCUCUUUAACUAUGCUGUUUCUGAACAAGUUUAUUUUCUUCAGGAAAGUUUCAUCCUGUUUAUAAAGAAGACUCUGCGUCGAUUCCACAGUGAUGGCCAUCAACCUGGAUGGCUUUAAAAAAGGAUUAGACAAAUACAUGGAGGAAAAGCUACCAAUGGUUACUAGCCAGGAUGGCUAUGCUCUGCCUCCACAGUUUAUUUUUGGUGUCAGCGUGGAAUAUUCUACUUUAUGCAUGUAUGAUGUUAUGAAAUCAUACAUCCAGAGUCGGAUGCUGUAAAUGCUUCCAAAUAGUACUUUCAGGAAACCACUGUAGGGGAGAGGGCUCUUGUUCAUGGGUUUCCCAUUGGGGCAUCUGGUUGGCCACUGUGAGAAUAGAAUGCUGGACUAGAUGGGCCAUUGGCCCAAUUCAGCCAAUUCUUAUGUUCUGGCUAGUCUCCGCAUUUGGCCCAAGAAGUGGGCAAUUUUGGCCAAGUCAUGCCCACCUGUGCUAUACCUGUUGUACAUAUAUGACAUCAGGUGUUGGGCAAGUCAAGAUGCACCCAGCCCAUCUGUCAAACUUGACUCAUGGGAGGUUGGCAGAGAUAAGGAUUUGGUUCGCUGGCUGGAACCAGUUCCUCACCCCCAUAUUACUCCUGUGAAUAGUAAAUGUAGCUGUGUUGGGCCCUAUGAAAUAAUUCAAAAAUCUAUACUAGCACAGUUUUUUUAAAUUUCCGCCAACCUAAAUAUUAGCAAAAAUAAAGUGCAGCCUCUUGAAUCCUCCAGAGCUCUUCAUCAAUCUUUGUGAUAUUUUGGUUGCCCUAAUAAAAAAGGCAUUUCCCUGAUGGGUGUUCUGAAGUUAAGCCUUUGAAAUUCUACUUCUGUUUUUCAACAGAUCUUUCACCCUGAAACAACAGACAUCUAUGACAAAAAGAACAUGCCUCGUGUGGUGUAUUGUAUUCAUGCUUUGAGGUAAGGAGGGACAAACUUUGUACGGGGGCUGGAAUUCUGACUGUUCUCCCUCCCAUACCAUGGAUUGCAGCACAAGUCUUUUGUGGCUCCUCAAGAGUAGUGGAAGUUGGUUCUUUAUUUCCCCUUCUUUUUUGCUGUGAGCAUGUUUUGGAGUCUCUUGGGUCCUUUGUGUGUGCACAAGCAAAUCCAGAUUUUUGUGUCUGUCUUCCCUCCUAGUUUAUACCUCUUUAAACUUGGGCUGGCUCCCCAGAUCCAGGAUUUGUAUGGGAAAGUCAAAUUCACAGGUAAGAAGGGGAGUUGGGUGUUUCCCUUGUUGACACUUAGUUUGUGUGUUAUGGAGCAGAUGGAGGACAGCUGCUGACCCUGUGUUUGUUUUCUGUUCACCUGGAAAUCCCAGCCCAAGCAUUGUGCUCUUUGUGGCUGCUGCUAAAUGAGUGUGACGUAUUGAACCUUUUCUCUUUCCCUAUCCUAGAGGAGGAAAUAAACCACAUGAAACGUGAGCUGGAGAAAUAUGGUCUGCAGCUUCCAUCCUUCAGCAAGAUUGGUGGGAUCCUUGCUAACGAGCUCUCGGUGGACGAGGCUGCAGGUAGAUAACAUUUGUGGAGGAGGAGAGGGCAUUUGUGAGAACCCAAUGGAAUGGCCAUGUUCAGGGGCAGUAUAUCUCUCUGUCCCAAGUGCCAGGGAGAGCUCCUGCCUUCAUGCCCUGCUUGCGGGCUUCUCAGAGGCGAGCAGCCAAGCGCUGUUGGAAACAGGAUACUGGGCAAGAUGAACCUUUGGUCUAACCCAGCUGAGUUCCCAUUGCCCUGUGCCAGAAAAUGCAAGGAACAAAUUGUUCCUCUGAACCAGCAGGGGAGAAAUCAAGAAAAGAACAGGUGGCCCAGAGGGAUAGCCAGAUAUAAUGGACUGGUUGGAUGCAGAGGAAUAGUGGGAGGAACCAGCUGGGGAACCCCAAAAGAAGAAGGCUCAGAGCUCAGGAUUGAUGAUGGGACGGUGAUAAGUGAUCAGAGGGAGAAGACUGGAAGGAGGUGUCGGAAGCUGAAGAGGUGACAGGGUUUAGUGAGCAGGAAGAGGCUGUGGCAGAGAGCAGUCCAGAAUUGGAGGCAGAAGUGGAGACUGGAGAGGAGAGAGGCCAAGAGGCAGAGGUGGGUCAGGCUGGUGAAGAGGCACGGGUAUCUCCCCCUCCUGCUGCAACAAGCUCCCCUCCCUCUGAUCUCCCAGAACCAGGAGAGGUAUGCGGUGGGAGGAGCAAAGGCAAGAAUGUAGACCAAGUCUCCCAGUUGCUUGGGAAACACCCUGGAGACAAGAAUUAGCCAACUGUGGGGAGAUGGGGAGCUUUGGCCUCGGCAACUGCUUCAUGGGAGCAAGACCUGAGUUGCUGUGCUCAUUAGACCCGACACUCCUGUGCAAAUCCUGUUUUGCCAAUAAAGAGUUAACCCCAGCUUGCUCAGUAUGAUUUACUGCUGGCUCUCUCAUGUCACCAUAUUAGGCCACAUCUACACCACACAUUUAAGGUACAUGGCUUCCCCCAUCCUGUGGGAGUGUCUGCAAAAGUGCACCGAACCUCCUGAUUGUUCUAUUCCAACUGCAAUAAUGAACUCCACACAGCCGUUGUACUUUGUUUCUUUGUUCUUCGUUGUUUUUAAAGCAGGUUCCAAGAUGGAAACUGCUAUGUCACUGUGGGGCGGAGGGCGUUUGGCGUUUGUGUCUUUGCUGCCUAACACUGGACUUUGCCUUUCUUAUUCCCACCCCCUAGUCCACGCCGCAGUCCUGGCCAUCAACAAAGCAGUGGAAAAGGGGGUUGUGGAGGAGACAAUCCUGGCCUUGCACAACCCCAAUGCCAUGCUCUCCAGCCUUCGGAAGGGCUUCGGGGCCAUCUACCAGGAAGUUCUCUACCUGGCCAAGGCAGAGAAAGGCAAGAAUGGGAAGAAGCAGGUAAGCAAAGGUUGUCUGAGGUGGAGGUGGUCACACUGAUGCAUUUCGGAUAAAUGUAGUGGUGAAAGUGGUGGUGGUGGUUUUAUUUAGGUCAUUUGUAUACCCUUCCAUAUUUUGAAGAAAUCUCUGAGCUGUUUACAAUAUCAUAAAAAUAUCACUAUAUACUAUAUAUAUAUAUAUAUAUAUAUAUAUAUAUAUAUAUAUAUUCAAUCAACGUCCACAAUUUAGAGCCCCACAGAAUGCUUGGCUAGAAGAGAUGCUCUUAAAACAGACUUUGCCAAUCUAGGGCUCUCCAGAUGUUUGGGACUACAACUCCCAUCAGCCCCAGCCAGCACAGCCUGGAGGGCAACAGAUUGAAACCAAAAGUGUUGCCUUUUUCUUCCGCACACUCAGCCUCUACAAGAAAUCCCCGAUGGCGAAGAUAUUUAUGAUCGGUGCCUGACCCAGGCCGAGAUACAAAGCAGCAUCAACAACGCAAAUGGUAAGCAGAAUGGCAGCCUCUCUUUCCUACUCAGGGCGACCUCUUUGGAGUUCAGCAGUUCAGUCUAGAUAUGGCGCUUAAGCAUGAUUUGCCCUAAAGCAGCAUUGGCUCACCUGUGGCCUUUGGGGUGUUUUUGUUUUUAAUUUUUUAAAAUUUUUAUUAAGUACAAAUUAGAAAACAUACAUAUUUACAACAAAAGAAAAUACAAAGGAAAAAGAAAAUACAUAUAACCAAGGAAAAAAAUUAGAGAAUACUUUUCCUUUUCAUAUUUACAGUUAUUUAUACCUCUAUAAAAUGCUAUUCACAAUAAAGGAGUGAAAUUAAAGAUAAGAUUCUGAUACCUUGCCUUUGGGGUGUUUUUGGACCACAAUUCCCCAGCAGCCUUGACCUUGGGGCGGUUGCAGGUUCCCCAUCCUUCCCCAACUAUUGUUGAGAGCCCAAAUCAUGGAGGCCGAGCCAUUGUGGCUAGUCGCCAUUGAUACCCUUCUUCUCCGUGAAUUUGACUAAUCCACUUUUAAAGCUGUCCAAGCUGGUGACCAUCGCUGCCUCCUGCAGGAGCGAGUUCCAUAGAUUAACUGCACCGUGGGAAGAAAAGAAAAACUUUGUCUGUCCUGAAUCUUCCAGCAUUCAGCUUUGUUGGAUGUGCAUGAGUUCUAGUGUUAUGACAGAGGGAGAAAACCUUUUUCUCUAUCCACUUGCUCUGCCAGCUUCUACCAUGUCCCAAAUUUGGACCCAUAUCUCUGUAAUGACAGGUGAAGUUUUAUUGUACUCAAAGGCCUGUACAGGCAGCUCUCAAUUUGCAUGUAGUUGAUGCCCGCAUGACCACACACACGAGCCAUGUUCAGCACCGGAAGAGGGGGAAAUGGCCUUCCGUGUGUGAUGACCUGGAACGUAACCCACUGCCUGUAUUCUGAGAGGCAGCCACUUGUGGGGGUCUUCUUUUUUUUUUAGCACUGCAAAGACCCUAUAAAGAGGAGGUCCCCGCCCCCCCCCGGGGGGGGGGAUUAAGCAUCAGUGCAGGGUAGGUGCUGUACCACUGCGCUAUGGCCCUGAGAAGAGGGAGAAGCAAUUUGCUUUUCGAUACAUAAGCACUCUUCGCGAUUACUUUUUAUUUUCUGAAAACAUUUAGUGAAAGGUGCUCUGGAGCUGGUGGACGAUGCCCUUGAGGAACAGGAUCCCCAGGGGUUGUACUGCGCUUUGCAGGAUCCUGCCCUGGCUUUGAGGAACCUGCGGCGAGAGAAUGCGGACUGGUACUUGGAUCAGCUGAGCACUGACCGGGAGCAGAAGGCUCUGGUAAGGCUCAUUUGGCUUGGUGGGAAGGAGGAGGAGAAGAAGGGCAGUUGUGAAUCGGAACUAUUUGCCCCCCCCCAGCUGAUUGGCCACAAUUCCCAAGGCAGGAUUUAUAAAGUAUUAUCGAUUCUAAUUCAGUGUUUUGUUAUCCCUGGUAUACGUGAUUAUUAACAGUGGUCCUGUGAUCUUCCAUAACAAGUUUCUCCUUUAAUUCAUGUAACGCUUUGGAAAUUCUGUAUCUGAUAUUUUGUAAAGGCCUCUGGCUAUGUACAAAGAAGUUGACUGACAGUUCCCAAGGACAGAAGCAAUCUUGUUCUGGACACAUCUCUAAAGAUGCUUGCAGGCUCCUUCUCUACAUUGAAGCAAAAAGCCCUUUCUGGAGUACAAACAACUGGGGACUUUAGCUCAAAAUUUGUGCUAAGGUAGCCUUUGCCAACCUGGUGGCCUCCAGAGGUUUUGGGCUACCUGGGGCUGAUGGGAGUUGUAGUGUGAAACCUCUGGAAGGCACCAGGUUGGCAAAGGCUGUUGGAAGAGCCUUUUCUCAUUACAAUUCUGGCUCCGCUGCAGAGGCCAGGCUACCGUUGGGCUUCCGUGCAAUGCCUUAAACUGCCCAGUUGCAGUGAGAUUCCCCAGCCAACCUUGUUCUUUCCAGCCAAUCACGCUCCCUAUUAGCUUGCAUUUAAGCCAUCCUUUUGCCCUUUUUCUCAGGAGCUGGGCUACGCGGACUUGCUUGAGCAAGAGGAAAUCCAAGCUGGGCUUUACGUGGCCAACGAAAGAGGAGAUCAAGAACGUGCUGGUGAGUGAAGAUCUGCCCUUAGGACUGAGGGCUAGUGAGUGGGCCCUGGGGGUUUAGGCAUAUUCAGAAUUCUUCGGUGUGUUGUGCCUCAAAUGAUUGAUAUGUGUCACUUGGGAAAUUGCCAGAAACCAUUCAUUCCUGGGGGAACUUGCUGUCUGGCCUAUACUUUAUUUGUAACAUGCAGAAUAAUUAUUAGUGUAUUCAUUUGUUUAGGGAUGGGGUGGUGAUGAACCUUAGGCCUGUGGGGUUGUUAUGCAUGGAAGGGGGAUACUCUGUCGCUGAGCUGUGGUUGGUGGAUGGCCCAAGAACCCAAUAUACCCUGUGUAUACCAUGGGUGGCAGCCUAGUUGUGGGAUGCUGUGCGCUCAUCAGCCCCCCUGGUUUUGCUACCCACUUAGGAGCAGAUUUUGUCGUCAAGCACCAGGUUGAGAUGCAUUACCAGAGAUCUGAACUCACCUUUGUGAGUCACGUACUGAGCAGGAUGGGCCUUUCCGUUUUAACAGUCCUGGCAUUCUUAUGUUCUUAUCUCACCCUACUAACACACAGUGACACAGGCCGUGAGCCGUAUCAACGCCUCCAUUCGGAAAGGGGUAGCGGAGGAGACGGUGCGCUCCCUGGCAGACCCCGAAGCUCAGCUGCCGGAUGUCUUCCUCUUUGCUGCGGGGCUCUAUCAGCGAGAGCUGUCUGCCCUUCAGCGGCAGCACCCGCAGGUGAGUGCAAUGCCAGGGGCCUUUCCUUGCACAACAGCCCUGCAGUGCUGCUAGUCUACAAUACAAAGUGUCCUUUCAUAUUGUAUCACAGUGUGGUAUGCUGGCCUGACAGCCACUGACAGAAAGUCUCUACUGAGGGUGGUGAAUACAGCACAUGACAUCAUGGGCUGUCCCUUGAUGACAUUGCAAGGGAUUGUUGCCUUAGGAGAGCGAGAAAAUUUCUCAGGGAUGACUCACACCCCAGCCAUCACCUCUUUAAUCUUCUACCCUUGGGCAGGAGAUAUAGAAGUAUAAUCAGCUGUACCAACAGGCUAAAAAAUAGCUUCUCUCCGUGGGCUGUUAGGCUGUUGAACGGAAACUUGCAUAGCAAAAUUGACUUGCGAGGUGGUGUGUUGUUCAAUAAGAGAUUGAGUGUUUGCGGGGGAGGCUCGUUUAAUUUCAUUGUACACAGGUUGUACAAUGACAGUAAAGGCAUUAUUAUUAUCAUUGUUGUUAUUAUUAUUGCUGCUAUUGUUGCUGUUGAGUUUUGCUGUCCAGUAAUGGCUGCUACCACCCUCCCACUCAUGCUUGCAGCCCAAAUGGGAAAGAGCCCUGGCAUGUGCCAAAGUGAUUACUGUACUUUUCCGUCUAUAAGACACCCCCUUGUAUAAGACACGCACCCCAUAUUCGGGGACUACGUUUAAAGAAAAGGAGGGGAGAUGGCCCAAAGUUGUUGAGCCUCUCCCCCCAUGCAGCUGCAAGCAGGAAACACUCCCUAGAUCAUUUCCCACACGCAGCGACAUCGGGUGAAUUUGCGCUCCCACCAAAGAGCUGGCUGGCGGUGCGCAGCUUCCCCACCCCACCCAUGCAGCUGCGGGCAGGAAACACCCCUAGAUCGCUCACUGCGGCAUCUGGAGAAGCCACGCUCCCACCAACUGAAUGACUGGUGCGGUGCUUCUCUCCCCCCCCCCCCAUGCUACUAUCCGUGUAUUGGACGACCCCAGUUUUUUGACGUGAUUUUUGAGUAUGGAAAAAUAUGGUACUUUUUUUAAAAGGCUGAGCCAGUGCACUGUGCAGUCCAGGCUGCUCACAAAUUGCUGGGAAAAGCAGGGCUAGCUUCCAUUAGCCUUCUGCCACCCAAGAUCAAAGCAGCUUGCUCAUUUCCCUGGUGGACCCCUCUUAACUUCCUAAAGCCCAGGAGCCCUGAGACCAUCGCAACCUGAGUUUCCCAGGCAGCUCCCUUUUCUGAAGGAUCCCCCCACCAAACAAUUUCAGGAAACACACAGCAUUAAAAAAAAAAACACCCACAAAAAGCUAUUGCAUUUAAUUCUUUGUGAAUCUCCUUUUUUUCUGCAGGGGGAGCUGGUUCAAGAGGAGCUGUUUGUCGCUGUGGAGAUGCUUUCGGCAGUGGCACUGGUCAACCAGGCCCUCAAGGAUGGAGACGCCUCCAGCUUCUGGAGGAGCUUGGUCAGCCCUGCUUUGGGCCUGUCAGAGAUAGAAGAGAGCAAUGCGCAGCGGUAAACCCACUUCCCCCCAAAUCUCUUCUCUGUCAUGCCUAGUACUCUGAUACCACUAUAAACAGCCUUGGCUUCCCCCAAAGAAUUCUGGGAGCUUUAGUCUAUUAAGGGUGCUGAGAGUUCCCCUCACAGAGCUUCAAUUCCCAUAAUUCCCUGGGAAGAGGGAUUGACUGUUAAACCACUCUGGAAAUUGUAGCUCUGGAGAUCUUGAGGCACAGGCUGGUCUGAAGAUCUGCAGGCUUUUAAAUACAGUGGUGCCUCGCAAGACGAAAUUAAUCCGUUCCGCGAGUCUCUUCGUCUAGCGGGUUUUUCGACUUGUGAGGCAUUCGUCUUGCGGGGCACCACUGUAUCUUAGCCAGCAUAAUCUGUCACUAAGACCCUGGUACUCAAAAGUACUUUGAGCAUAGAGGUUUUAUUCUUAGCUGCCUUGGUUAAUAAAGCAUAGAUCUAUCAACCACUAUCCAAUUCAGAACACAUCUUUACUGAGCUCAUGGUUUGAUUGGAGUGAAACAAACCACGAGCCCCUGUUCAGACAACACACUGAGCCAAACUGUGGCUUAGCCCCAGGUAGCACAGCAGGAAGGAAGUGGAGUAAAACGGCUUAAGUCUCCUCUCUGGAAACUUGUGUGUUCAUGCUAAACCAUGGUGUGGCUUAGUACUGCAUAUGAAACGGGUCAGUAAGAGGCAACAGAAGGCAUAUGGGUUUGCAUUCAGUUUCUACCUUUUGUCUAUAAACAUUCUGUUUGGCUGCCCGCUGCUGCAUCUUGUUGCUACUUUGUCUAGUUGCUAUAUUAGUCUGAAUGCUUGUGUCAUAUGUUUUCUGAAUUUCAGAAUGUGGAAAUUCUUAUUUAAGUCACUGAUUUCAAUUGGCUUUUUCAUCUUGGUGAUUUUAAAUCAGUGACUCAUCUAAAUUGAUUCAUCUGCUUUCAAGCACUAUCAACUGGGGCCCUUCUCCAUGCGCCCUCUCCAUGGGAGGUCAGGAGUGUGGAAAAACAAGAGCAGAUCUUUUCAGUGGUGGCUCCCCUUUUGUGGAAUGUUCUCCCCAGGGAGGCUUACCUGGUGCCAUCAUUACUUACUUAACUUUAUGCACCAGGCAGAAACAUUUAUUUUCCCUCAGGCCUUUGGCUUGUAAUUAUCUGUGGUCUCCUUGAGCGGGUGGGAUGUUUUAAUCCUACCUUUUGAAAAAUAUGAAUGUGUUAUAGAUUUUUCUCUGUUUUGUUUUAUGCUGGCUUUAAUGUACGUGUUAUUUAGCUGUUAUUUUAUCUGUAAGUCACCAUGAGACUUAGGGUAUUAAUAAAUAUCAUCAUUAUAAUUAUGUACGGUAAGUUGUAAUUUUACAACCAGAAACUUGUCAUUAAAAACAAGAAGGCAGCUUGAAAGUGAUAUGCCCAAUAUUCCUUUCAGUGCCUCCAAAGAAUCGCUUCCUAUAAACUACUUGCCAUGUGCACAAACCUGGGGAAUAGCUGCUUUUUUUUCUAAAAGGGGUGAUGCAAAGACGACGUCUUGCUUUUUUGUUUUUAAUUUCUCAGUUAUUUUGACGACUUGUCACAAUGGAAGCACCGAUCUCAAGACACGAAGUUUGACUUCCUGAGCUGGAACGACAUCCAGGCUUCAGUGAAUAGUGUGAAUGCCUCUGCCCAAGAAGAAAAUAAUAGUAAGUCACCUUUCACUUUUCAAAACAUUUUCAGUUCUGAUUUUAGUGAUGUGAAUAUGAAACAGGCACUGGAGGCCCUUUAGGAAAGGUCUGUAACUCAGUGGUAGAGCAUCUGCUUUGCUUACAGAAGGUCCCAGGUUCGAUCCCCAGUAUCUUCAGGUUUAGCUGGGAAAAGACUCCUGCCUGAAUCCAUGGAAAGCCAUUGACAGUCAAUGGCCAGGUUUGUAUGACACUCUAAACCGUAGUUAGACUAAAACUUAGCCAAGCUAACCUAUGUUUUAAAUGAGAAUGCACAGCAAAGUAGUACACACUGCUGAAAUCCCGGCCGCUCUGCUGCUAGCAAAAAUGAACCCAUAGUCUGACCUAGCACAGCAUCUGAACCUGGCGCCAUGGUUUGUUUCUCUCUGAAUCACAAGCCUGCUUUCGGAUGUAAUGCUAAGCCAAACCAUGGCUUGUUUCUCAGCAGGAGCAGGCUUAGAGCACAGCACCCAUGAUUUCAGCAGUGUACACCAGCAUGCUGUGUGUUCACAUUCAAACCAUAGUUCCAAUGGUUUAGAGUGGCAUGCAGGUGAGCCCAGUAUGGACAACUGAUGGUCUGGCUCAGCAUAAGGCAGCUUCCUGUGUUCCUAAACCCAGCCCUCAGAGGCUUUCCAUACAGCACCCAUCUUAACCCCAGUUUCCCCACUGCCAUCACCUCCAAAUUAUGUUCACUGGCUGCUUUCUCUCAACACAGCCAAAGGGUUGCAGUCUAGCAACAUCUGGAGAGCCAGAGGUUCCAUAGGUGGUGCUGGUGGAAGUCGUCUGGGACAGGUUUAAAGGGCUUGGAAAAGCACAUUGAAAGCCCAAAGAUCAGAGCUUAAUAUGUCAAAUGUAGGCCUAUAGACUACUCCAUCUUUGACCUGAGCUUGGUCAAGACGUUUUCCCGGUUCUCCUGAAAUCUCCUUUUCGUCCCCAGAAAUCCUUGCUGUCCGAUUGAUCAAUGAGGCUCUGGAGCAGAGCAGCCCAGAGAAAACCCUCAGAGCCCUGCUGCUUCCUUCUUCCGGCCUCUGCGAUGUGACGCUCCCCAUUGCUAAGCGUUACCAUGAUGUUUUGACCCGCAUGCGGAAACGGAAGGCCCAGGUAGGAAAGGAGGAGAAUGAAGUUCAGGUUCCAGGGCGGUGGGGUAGGCAACCACACUAACUUCUUACAGAAUUCUCUGGCUCUCCAGAACUGUGAGACUUCAUUGUAGAAGUUCAUUUCCGGAAGCCUGAUGGAGACUAUUACGGCGUCAGAAUGUGUGUUUAUGAAUUCACAUAAACUGGACUGAAUAAAGUGGCAUGGGGUGGGGGUUAGGAAGUUUUUUGUUCUAUUCCAGUAUGUUUUGACUGGUGCUGUGCAUGUUUGCAAUUCCAUCUCUUAAGUCUUGCCUUGCUACUUGCAGCUCUGAAUAUUUAUUUAGAGUGGCUGUAACCCUACUCUUCAACCAAGAAGGCUCCCAAAAUGGCUUACUUAACAAUCACUUGAAAGUAGACGGUCCCUGCCCCUGCAGGCUUACAAUCUAAAAAAAACACAACACACAAGGGAAAAUGGACAGAGAGGGAAGGGGGGGGGGAAUCAAACUCAGGCACCAGUUCUUAAAAGAGUUGAUCUUAUAAAGACCAACUGGCAUAGUUCAGGGGCGGGAGGUGUUUGAUGCAGCUGGGCUGGGCUUUCGGUAAAGGUGAUAGAGUGAGCUCUGCUUUCCAUCUCUGCUACUGAUGGAAUGACUGCUCCAGGUAACAGUCAAGGGAGAGGAGGCCUGAUGGGGUUGGCCUGUCACAGCAGACAUGGUGGAGCGAGCUUGGCUUCCCAUCUCCUGAAGUGUGUGUGCUUGUGUUCUUCCCUCUCCUAUUUUAUUCUUGCAACAGUCCUGUGAGGUAGGCUAGGCUGAGAGAAAGUAGUGGGUGACUCAGACACCCAGUGAACUUGUCAAGUGCAUAUUUGAUCCGUGUUUCCCCCUGAGAGACAAUUCUGUGAUCAUUUUUAUCUUUCCUAUCUUAGAUGACAGGGGACACUGGAGCUAUGCUGUGGUGGGAAGAAAUCCAGGAGGGCGUCUCCAAAGCUAACCACGACACUGAAGCUGCAAAGAGAAGUAUGUGCACCGUCUGGGUCUUCCUGGCUCAAUUGGAACUGCAGGACCUAAAGGGUGGUCCUGUCUGCUACCAUUUAGGGUGCCAUGAGGAGGCCUGAGCAAAGGGGGUGGGAGAAGGAUCAGGAACAAGAAAGCCUGGGCAAGCUCACAUUUUGCUUCCACAAGGUGUUACGACAGCUACCAAGUUGGAUGGCCUUGAAAGAAGAUUAGACACAUUCAAGCAGCUACUAGCCAUGAUGGCCAUGCUCAGCCUCCUUUGUCAGAGGCCAUAUGCCCAGGGGUGGGGAACCUUCAGUCUGCAGGCUAAUCUUGGCUUGCCAGUGGGUUAAAUCUGCCUGCUACAAGUUUUUCCCCAUACCACAUCCACUUGAUCAAGUGUGAAGGGGAAGAGAGAAAAAGAGGUGUGUUUUGCAAGCAAAGGCAGCUUAAAGGACUUUGCAAAAGCACCCUUUGAAGGAGGUGGUGGAGGCUGCUUCAAUGGGCGCUUUUGCAAGUCUCCCCAGGCUCCUCUUUUAAACACUGGUUUAAACGGGAAGGCUCGCAAAGCCGUGGGUAUGAUUUUGACAGGUGGGCAACCUUGCUUACCUGUCAGUCGUGCGAUAUCAUGAUGAUAACAUGUGAUUGGCAUGUUAGCACCUCCCAACCAUCUUUCAUAUACGGCCUGUGGUGCCAAUCCUGAAAAGGAUCUGGCGCUCGGAGCAAAAAAUGUUCCCUACCCCUGCUGUAUGCCUCAGAAUACCAGUUUCUUGCAAUCACUGGUGGGGAGAGUUGGGUCCUGCUUGUACACUACCCUGGAUCUUUUUAUGAAGUGUGAUUUAAAAAUGUUUUAAAUAAGUGCAUCAAAGUCGUCAGGUUUCUUGUCCCUGCGGGGUGAACCUGGACCAAUGCUUCAAAAUCUUUUGCCUUUGCCAUCUGUCCCACAGUGGCUCUUGGCACCGCUGCCAUCAAUCAAGCCAUCAAGGAAGGGAACGCGGCACAGACAGUCAGGGUCCUGCGCAAUCCGGACGUCUCUAUCUGUGGUGUGGCGAUGGAGUGUGCUGCCUCCUACCAGGCCCAGCUGAGUGCUCUCAUGGCUUCCAAAAAAGCCCCAGGUAAAGCGAGAUAUGUGUGUCACUCCGCCCACCCUCAUUUUUUUGCCAUUAACGCUCAAAUUCAAGGAUUUGAAAGCUUGCACUUUCUUACAACAGUGUCUCUGUGGAGUGGUUAAUUCUAACUUUCUUUUCGUUUUUUAAAAAUGUAACCUGCAGGGAACUCCAAACUACCUUGGGUCCGGCAUAAGCUGAAGGAUGGGGCAGAGUAUUACUUCAGCCUGCAGACCUUUGAAGGCUCCUGGGACCAGCCUCGUCCCUGUGCCCUCAAUGCGGAGCAUCUCAGCCGGGAGGAAAUACAGGUCUCUCUCUUUGUACCUGUGAGCUAGGAAGCAGAACGGAGGAGUGAGAGGCUCUGUAUCGGCCACUCGGGUGGGGCAGCUUUUCUCACCUCCAACUCAAAAGGGAGCUGCUGCCAGAAGGACAACUGUGAGGGAUGAGAGCUGUUUUGGGGGUGUCUGGGUUUGCCAUCAGGAGGUGGCUGGUUCCAGCUGCCUUGCCCCACCCUCCGGCCCCAUAGCAACCUUCUGAAGGGAGUUGCUUAAUGACUAUUCUGAUUUGACCUACUAGCAAGCUGUAUAUUUGGUUGUGUGUGUGUGUGUAAUGCUAAAUAAACUGCAGGAGCCUUUGGUUCAAUCUGGUUGGCCUCUACAGGGAUAGCAGAACCUCCAUGUCCAGGGGCAGUCUAGCUCUGAAUACCAAUUGCUGGGAAUUGCAAGUGGGGAGAGCAGGCUUCUCAUUGGGGCACAUCUGAUUCAGAGCAGAGGGCUCGACCAGAUGGGGCCCCUUUGGCCUGAUCCAGCAACCAAGCUCUUAUGAUGAUCUUCUGACCCCAUGCAUCUCUCUGUGCCUACAGUCCACUGUUGCCCAGGUCACAGCUGCCCACGAUAGGGAGCGUCUGUGGGAAUCGAGCACCUCGCUGGUUGUGAAGCUGCAGGCCCGGAUGAGGGGCUUCCUGGCCCGGCAGGAGUUUGCAACCCGGCGGAGCUUGUGGUGCAAGCAGGUGCCAGCCGCUCUCAAGAUCCAGGUAGGAGGACACAGCUGCCCUGAGCCUAGACUUUUAAGAAUUGUCCUUUUCAUUGUGCACAAGGCAUAGCAGUACAGAAGUUUGCAUUUUCCAAAAAACCCCCAGCAAAUAAUGCAGAAAAAUAAAAAAGCAAAAUACAACACAUUGGUGGGAGAAAAGAGGUUUUGUAUUGAAUUUGACACAGAAGAAAUGAAAUCCCACCAAAUGGUGUAGAAAUGUUCCAGGUUUUCCUUGCCCAUAGAAAGGCAUGAUUUGUAAAUUAUUUUCUCUGCAGUAGCCAGAGCCCACAUAUUCUUGCACCCCAAUGGGAGGUUGAAGCCCCAUCAUGUCUUCCACUCCCUGACCAAAGAACUUCUUGCUGCAGGCAUACAACGUACUUUAAAGUUGUUCUUCCCCUGUGAUGGGGCAGCUGAUGUGGGUGUAGCAAAUAAUUAGAAACCCCACCUUUGACACUCAUCUCUGCCUUGAGCUCACACCUGUGCUGUGGGGGCAGUGAUACGGCUCAGGAGCGGAGCACCUACUUGGCAUGCAGAAUGCCCUGGGCUCGAUUUCUAGUGCUUAUCAAUAUUGUUGUUAUUUAAAGGUUCAGGUUGGAGGGGUUGUGAAGGCCCUCCUCUGCACUGGAGAGUCUUUGUCAGUCAGCACAGCCAAUUACUGGGCUCUAUGGACAAGAAGUCUGACUCAGGAACAUGGGAAUUACCUGACAGGUGCAAGGGUGGCUGACCUUCAGUCUGGGGGCCUGCUCUGGAUCUCUGAGCAAAAUUUGCUGCCUUGAUACCCCACUAGUUUGGGUGGGCCAAAAGGAAAAUUAGAUGAGGGCAAAGUGAUACAGGAUUGGUCUGACGACCGGGGAAGUGGGCAUUCAUUUGUUGCUUGGGGAGGGGGGCAAUCAUGUCCUCUCCUUAGUGCACACUUUGUUCAAUUUAAGAGUUUCUCUGUGUGGUGACUGCCAGGAGUUCCAGGAGCAAAGUAUUAAAGGGAGCUGGCGGUUAAUAGCUAGCGGCUGGCGGCCUGCCCAGGAUACUUCGCAGAACUUGCCCAAGGUGUUUCCCGUAGCAUAGAUAAGAAGGUGCUGAUAGAAUAUCAGUAGGUUGGUAAGUUUAAAAGUAGAAAAGUGAAAAAAAGGAAAAUUUACUUCCCUGGGUAGCAAUUGACGCUAAUUACAGUCCUUCAAUCUGCGGUGCUCCGAAGCCUGCUUGCUAAGCCGUCACCAUCUUGGAACCGCCGCCCCCCUCCUCAGUGGAUCUGCACAGAUCAACGGGGAGGGGGGGGGAGAGAGACUGUCCUGUGGGUGUGAGGAGAGUGUGGGGUGACCACACCUGCUGUUGGCCACACCUGCAGAUGACCUGAAGCCACCAGGGUGCAGGUGGCAUUCAGACCAGAAAAGGUUUGCCACCCCUGUUGUACAGUGUCUUGUUGCGACAUUUACGUGAGGCACCUUUGAGUGUUCUUAACAGGUGCAUAAAUCCUGGGUAUUAUGGGGGAGGCUGCCAGCCCAGAGGUGGAGGAACCUGCUCUUUGCAGAGUGGGAUCCUUAGGUUAGAUGCUCCAAUAUCACAGCUGGGAAGAGCUGCAGCUCAGGGGUGGGGCAGUUUGGAUCCUGGGUUUGCGUUCCUGGGCUGGGGGAAGCCCCCAGAGCCUGCUGCCUCUUAAAGGAGGUAGAAGUGGGCCAGAGCAGCAAAUUUGACUUAAGGCCAUCAUGCAGUGGUUGGGACCAGAUUUGUAUCCAGGGCCUUUUUCAGCCCCAAACCAGUUCCCAUGCUGUCUCCUCACAGGCUUACUGGCGUGGGUACCAGCAACGGAGGCGUUACCUGGAAAGGCUGCGGCAUUUCCAGAAGAACACAGGUGCCGUCAUCAAGGUAUUUAUUUUAUUCCUAUCUUUAAAGCCCACCUUUCGCUGUCACCAGCACCAGUAUUUUAUGGGCCAUGAAACAAAUGAUAAACCACCAGAUCAGUUGCAUGCCUGUCUAUGUUUAUUUGUUAACAAAAUAAAUCAGGUUAAGGGGAGAGAUACUUUGGGGAGGGAGGGUGUUGCCUUUCUUUUUCUUUGACCCGUCAGCCAGAAAUGGUCUUCUCACACCUGUGCUGUUCCUGCUGCUGUGUUCAGAUUCAAGCCUGGGUACGGAUGUGGCGAAUACGCAGACGAUAUCGACAGAGGUUGGCCUACUUCAGGAAGAAUGUGAGUAGGUUGUGUUUUUCACACACACACACACACCUGUUCACAACAGCACUGUAAAAUCGCCUUGCUGGGUCACACCAAACCCAUUUUUGUCAGGAGCUCUUCCUGCACUCAAGUAGGACCCUGGCAGAGACACACGCCCAGCUGGCAUGUUCCCUCCCUCCUGGUUGAUCGUUCGGGAGCUUCAAAAGCUUUCUUCUGCCCGAACAUCACAGCAACUGAUGCCAACAGACAUCGGCACACUUAGGGAACCGCAGAGUCUUCGCAGCUUGCGUAACAGACCUCAGCAACUCAGCAUUUUUGGCUAAUCUAUUUUAUUUACAUAUAAACAAACACGGAGCACUUCAACAUGGCACCCUCUCUCUCUAGCAUCAGACAUCAAAGAGAAAAUGAACAAAGGACAAUAGCCCCACUUCACAGUAACACAAACAGCCUGUCUCCGUCACUUUCCACUCUGUGGAGUCAAAACACACACCGUCAUGUGAUAGACAAAAAUCCCAUGACUGCAGUCAUGGAGCAGGAAUUCUAACAAUUUUUAGCCAUAGUCAGCCAGGUGCUCCAAGAUAGUCAUUGGUGGUAUAGUGGUUAUUGUUGUUGUUGUUUUUAUUAUUAUUACUAAAAUUUUGUAUACUGCCCUUCAUCCAAAGAUCUCAGGGUGGUUCACAGCAUAAAAAUACAGAAUAAAACCACAAAGUACAUAAUUAAAAACAAAAACGAAACCAAUAGUCCCUCCUCCCACAAACACAUUUAAAAGGCCGUGGAAUAUUAAUCAGCCAAAGGCCUGGUUGAAGAAGAAUGUUUUCACCUGGCGCCACAGAUGCAUAACGAAGGUGCCAGAUGAGUAUUUUAUAAUAGUUUUCAAAUGCUGAAAGCUGCCUUGAAAACCCACUUGAGAAAAAGUUGGGAUCUAAAUGCAUUAAAUAGAUAAUAAAUAUACCCACUGUGAUUUUGCAGCUGCUGUUUGCCACCAGGAUGUUUUCGUACCCCUUCCCUUCUCCUGCAUUCCAACCACUUUCCCUCUUUUGACAUCCCUCGACAGGUCAAGGCCGUAAUCAAAAUCCAGGCAUUUGUACGAGCUAACAAGGCACGAGAAGAUUACAGGAUGUUGGGUAAGUACCUGGGUUUCAUGCAACCUGAGUUUGCAAACUGGCCUGAUUGGCAUGUAACACUAAGCCGAGGUUUGUUUAACAAACCAUGAGUUAGCCAGAAGUUGUCAAACAGACCAUUGAACGUACCACGGCUUGGUUUUCCCCCAUCCCCAAGAUUUGGCUUAUUCAGCAGCUGCUCUUGCCUUGUGCCUUUGUAGCUUGGUGAACAUCCGAGGUGGGGCAGCCAAAAAAAAUCACGGCUGUCCUGAGUACACAUGUAACACCAAGCCAUAGUUAAAGCAAACCAAGGUUUGUAAGAGAGCAAGAAACUAUGGCUUCAGGUAAUGGUUUGUUGGCAGCAAACAAACAAUAGCAAAACCGCUGAGCAGGGGGGUGAACUUUGGACUCAAAGCCCUAGUUAGCUCCAUCAGGCUGUUUGGGGCCAAUUGUGCCCACCUGUCCCAUACUGGAUGGUACAUUUCAGGCAUGGGAAAGCGGAAGAAGUUUUGAAUUAAAAAAGCAUCAACUUUUUGAUGCAAAUGAAUUCUUCCUUUGAAUCUUCAGAUUGAAUUUAAGAAAUGCAAAGGAAAAAUCCUCCUUUGCUAUUCAAAAGAUUCUGCAGGGGCUUCCUGUCAGAACCAGUCAGCUUACAGCAAGCUCUGUUGAGACUGGUUGAACUACAGAGUUAACCCACUGGGAACUGUGUAGUACAGCUGACCCCGGCACAAAGCAGGGCUUGUUGGGUCCCCUGGCUUCAUGGUGACACCAGGCCUUUGGCAGAUGGGUGGACUCGGCCGCUUGACAAAAUGGGGGAGGUGGUGAAGUGCAGGAUUAGGCCUGCUGGCUGGAUCCUGUUCCUCACUCCUGUUUUGGGUGAUCAAAUAAACCAUAAUUUAUCAAAUCCUAACUUAGCACAGGCUUGGCCAGUGUGUCUGCAUUUAGGUAAUAACUUUAAAAUUCAAAAUUGGCAGGCUUCUGCUCCAGAGGGUGGAGUCUUUAUCUAUGGCUUCAAAACUCUCUGCUUACCCAGAUGUGUGAUAUUAUUCUUGGCAUUUGUUUUUAAAAUCUAUUGAUACUUUUAAAUACUUACCUUCGUAACUUACUAUUUUUAAACUCUGGUUUUAUUGCUAUUUUUCAAUGACUAUUUCAUACAGCUUUGUGUAAGCUGCUUGAGAUUUCUUAUAAAUAGUAUAUCAGUCUUGUUAUUUAUUACUGUUAUUAUUAUUAUUUUCAAGCAAACCUCUCCCUGGCUCCUAAACAACCUUGGAAGUCCAUACUGAGCCUUGACUAAGAUCCAAUAAAUAUUAUUCAAUUGGCCAGGAUUUGGUGUGUGUCGAUGUUGGUUUGACUCAGCAGAUUAAAAAUGUAUGUGGUUCAGCGACUUCAGUACUGGAUCUAAGGAAGCUUCAAAUUUCAAUAUUUUUGUUGUUAUUCUAACCACCUUCCAGGCUUUUUGUGCAUAGCUAAGAGUCUUACCAAGAAUGUGGGGAACCUGCCUUCAUGUGAUGUACUUGGGCAAGAGGUCUUACUCUGAAACCGACCAGCCUCUUUCUCUCUCCUGCUAGUACACAGUGGGAAGCCACCUCUCAGCAUCGUCCGCCGUUUUGCCCACCUGCUGGAACGCAGCCAGAGGGACUACUGGGAGGAACUGGAGCUGCUGGAUCUCCAGGAGACUGUGGUGAGGGGAAUCCGCUUCAACCAGCAGCUGGAGAGCGACCUCAACCUCAUGGAUAUCAAGAUUGGAUUGCUGGUCAAGAACAGGAUCACCCUCCAGGUCAGAAGGGAGCAGCAGAACCAGGACUGGUGCCAAUUGUCAGGGGCCCUUGGCACGGUGCCUCCAGUGGGCCCCCACCCCAAUGUGGCUGCCCUUUCCUUUUUUCAUGCAGCCACUACUGCCAGAGCAGUAGCAGCCACACCAUUUAUCCCACUCCUCACUGGGGCUCCAGGUGGCCUUUUAGAUCUAUGUGGUGGGACAUUUUAUUUAGGGUGAACUAAAGUGGCAAGUGGCCACCAAGGAUGGGAACCAAGCUAGGCACACAUCCAGAAGCAGCAUCACUACCCACCCACCUCUUAAAGGGCCAUCUGGGCUCCUCCAGUACCGGACUUCCUCCUUUGCUCAGUCCUUCUGCCCCUUGCUUUUCUGUUGGGGGGUGGUUUUGUGACCUCCAAGGGCAUGCUCUAGAGUAGCCUUUGCCAAUCUGCUGCCCUCCAGGUGUUUUGGAGGGCACCAGGUUGGCAAAGUCCAUGUUAGAGAAACCACAUAUCACUUCUGCUGUGGCCAAGUUAGUUUCCAGGCAGAUAAUUUGUGCUGUCGACCAGUUAAGGUUCUGGUAAUAGUACAGCCUCUUCUGAUUCUUUUUCUCAAAGAAGCUGUUGCCAUUUAAUCCAUGAUAUUGCUGACCAACCUGUUUGCAGCCUGAUUUCUCUGCCAUCCAGGGGGGUGUAGCUUUGAGUUCAGAAAGAGGCGAGUUUGUUUGUUGUCGGUGCUCUGCAAACAAGGGGGGAAUGCUUUGUGUGUGUGUAUCAGUCGUCAGCUCUUCCCCUUGGCAGGAGGUGGUCUCUCACUGCAAGAAGCUGACGAAGAAGAACAAGGAGCAACUCUCUGAUCUGAUGGGCCGGAGCAAAGAGCAAGGGCUGAAGACCCUCAGCAGGGAGAAGCGGAAAAUCCUGGAGGCAUAUCAGCACCUCUUCUACCAACUGCAGGUUAGCUGGCGUCUUCCUACACAAUACCCAUGGCAAAAAUUAGUACUGUCUAUUAUUUUUAUUUCAUAAAAUUUAUGUACCAUGUGAUAAUAAAAAAACCAGCAACCUCAAAAGCAAUUGGGGUCUGUGACUAAUAAGGUGAGGCAAGCUAGCUUUAGGUCUGCACAGGGUGAUCGCAUCAUUUGCCCAUUUAACUUGUGGAAGUUCAACCAGGGGCAAAGAGAGCUUUUACACUCUGCCUUGCUUGCACACCAGCUCCAGAAGCCCCGGGAUGCUCACAUGCGGGUGGUGCCAAGGCUCUGAAUAUUCAUGUUUUUGCGCAUAUACACAGAACCCUUGGAACAGAAACCCCGUCUAAGAUGCGAUCGUACUGUACUCAAAUUCCCAAAGCUGUCUUUACACUGUUAGCCUUUCAUCACUGUCUUCUUGUGAUAAAAAGGUUCUUGUUUUUGUUUUGCAGCCUCCUUAAUAAAAUAUUUGCAUUAUUUCCUUGUGCAGCCUGUUAAAAGGGAGCUUUGGCCCUGAAUCAGGUACCUCGUUGCUUGGUUAUCUGCUACUGAGCCAUUUGUGGGCUUGGGGCUCCAACAACAAGGAGUGAACUGUUAGGCUUGUUUCUGGGCAUCCUUGGGAUUCACAAACACAAGAGCCAUCGUGUCCCUGACUCAGGAUUUGAAUGACUGCAGGGGGUAGCGGCAGCACUACCCAGCAGGGUUGGUUUUCCUUGGACAUCGUUUUGAGCUUUAAAGUCUCACCCUCACUUAUUCUGUACGUGUUUGCCCUGCAUGGGACAACAUUGUGAUCCCUGCUGCCAAACUGAGGGGUAGAGAAAAGCCCUUCUCCAUUACAUGACACCAAACAUUUCUUCAUAGUUAAACUAUGGAACUCCCUUCUGCAGGAGGCACCAAUGGCCCAUCAGCCUACAAGUCUUUCAAAAAGGACUGAGCAAAUUUAUGCAGGGGAAGGCUCUCUAUGGCUACUAGCCACAAUCAGCUUCCACAGUCAGAGGCAAUAAGGCUGAAAGAUUUUUGCCUAUGAAAAUCUCUCUCCUCCCAGACCCACCCAGUUUAUUUGGCUCGGCUGAUCAUGCAGAUGCCGCAGAACAAGUCCACAAGGUUCAUGGAGUCUGUGGUCUUCACCCUGUACAAUUACGCCUCCAACGCCAGAGAGGCCUACCUCCUGCUCCAGCUCUUCAGGAGCGCCUUGCAAGAGGAGAUUGAGUGAGUAUCCUGUUUCUUGAUCCUACGUUUUCUCCCUUCUCCCCUUAAGGCUUCUGCCUUCCUUGUCCUGGUUGCUGACAGCAUUCUCGCCUUAGUAAAGAUGUCAGCCUCCCUUUCCUAGGAACUGAGUCAGACCACAGAUCCAUCUAGUCCCAGUAUUCCCUUCCCUCACUGGCAGCGGCUCUCUGGCAUCCCAAGCAGAGAAGGGUCUUAUCCUAUCACCUCAUCCCUUUUUAACUAGCGAUGAUGAAGAGGACUCUGUAUGAGGUGCUGGUUUUGUCUUCUAACUGGUUAUUUCCGAGUGGCUUGUCACUCUGCCACAUCAUUUGCAGUGGCCUGAUUUGGUUUAUUGUUGCUCUAAAUAUGCAGUAGAAUGACCUGUCCUUUGUGGAGGCUCCCUGGUGUGUCUCCGAGUGAGUCACUGCUCUGGUGGAACCUGAGAACCCACCCAGAUCACUGGUAUGCAGAAAUAUAGAGAGGGGGACUAAUUUGUUUCUCUUACUAGCUCCAAAAGUAGACCUUUUUGCCAGGUGUAAAAAGGGCAUCGGACAUCAAUCGGCCAAAGAGGAACGUUUUCUCCUGGUGCUUAAAGGUGUAUAAUGAAGGACCCAGCCCAAACUCCCUGGGGAGAGCAUUCCACAAACAGGGAGCCACCACAGAAAAAGCUUGUGCUUUGAGUACUGUGCUCAUGUUGCAUUGCAGCUCAACUGCUCCUAUCAUGCUGCAUUCUUGCAGGUCGAAAGUCGAUCAGAUCCAUGACAUCCUCACGGGGAAUCCGACGGUUAUCCGCCUGGUGGUGAGCUUCUACCGCAACGCCCGUGGGCAGAAUGCCUUGCGCCAGAUCUUGGAGGGCCCCGUGCAAGAGGUCCUGCAAAACAAGACCCUGAGCAUCCGUACCAGCCCUGUGGAAAUCUACAGAGGGUGGAUCAACCAGAUGGAGUCUCAGAGUGGGCAGAAAAGGUCAGGAGGAACGUCUGUAUGUGUUUCUGUAUCUUUUAAUUCGGCUUCAUUAAAAAAGAAAACAUUGAUCUAUGUGACUCUUCACAAACAGGUAAAUAUUGACAGAAGUAUAAUAUGGCGUGAUCUAACUUAAAACUUCUUCAAACAUAGGCGUUCCGCAGGCCGAAAACUGUUUUAUUCCAGAAGCCUGCUGUCAGGGAACUGACAUCAGAGCGGGAGGCGAAGGGGAGGCUCCUAGAUGAUGCUGGAGAAGGACCCAGCAGCAGGGGGAGAAGCAGCUCAGUGGAGGGGGAAGCAUUUAAGCGCAACACCAGGAACAAAAGUGGGCAGAUGGGGAAAUCGGAGAGAGGGCUCACGGACUCUUCACUGGAACUCAGUGAGGAGGGGACAGGUCCUCCGCUACCUACGCCCUCCCUGCGCAGAAGGCUCCCGCGCAGUGAGAGGCGGAAGAGACUGGGUGUCAAACAACUCUUAUGUUGGAAGAGAUUCAAGAAACGCCCACUGACAGAUUCUGCUAGUGACUGAGACAGUCAUGAUGAGAAAGGGCUGUGCAGUCAGAAAGGUUUAACAAGGCAAAUUAGCCUAGAGAGGCACCAGUUUACGCACGAGUAACUCAUACUCAUCACACCUGCCUAGGCAUAUAAUUUGUUUUUGAAGUGUGACUUAUUCUUAUUUGUGUUAUCCUUUAUGUAUAUUUGCUUUUCAGUAGGCUUUGUGGAUUUUAACUUCAUUUUUAUCCAUAAUUUUAUUGUUUACAUCGCUUUAGAGAGCUCCUGGAUUAAAAGGUGUAUGAACUUUCUAAACAAAUAAAGAAAAUCUUCCUGCAGAAGUCAAAUGAUGUUUUGGGAAGGAGGGGUUGAGGGGUUCUCUCCUUCUCCUCUCCAGACUGAGGGGGAGGUCAGAGGAAGGAAGUGGUUGAAUUGAGGGUGAGUUACAACAAUUACAAGGUCCCCUGGUGAACCCCUGGUGAACUUUGUGGCCUAGUGCGGGAUUUGCACUCCCACGUCUAAUCUGCCACCCUGAAAAAGGGGGCAUUUCAACUCGUGUCUUUCUUGUUGUUGGUUGGUUGGUUUUGGAUGAGGCCUGGAAUGCAUUUGUGUGUUUCCACAGCAAUCUCCCGUACGAUGUCAGCCCUGAGCAAGCCCUGGGUCACCCUGAGGUGCAGAGGAGGUUGGACAUUUCCAUCCGCAAUCUCCUGGCGGUGACGGACAAGUUCCUCUCGGCCAUUACAGCUUCUGUGGACCAAAUUCCGUAUGAAUUUCUUGUUGUUUCGUGUGUGUUUUUAUGAUUCACUUUGCUCGGUCAUCACAGGGGAAAACAAGAUGGCCGCCCAGCUUUCCAUCCCAUCUUAGAAAUCCAGCCGCCUUACGCUGCUUCCCUUCCUUGAGUUUCUGCAUCAUACAAGCCACCAGCCUUACACCCCUCACCUUGCAGGGAUUCUCCCUUCUCCGCUCCUCACAACCCCCCACAUCCCAUGCCUAUGCUUUCUGUAAACCUAGUGCUAGAAUUUGUCUUUAAAGCAUAGAAUUUAUCUGAGCUCCCCAGGUGCAGAAGAAGUACUGAGGAGAUAAAUCAGGGUCUUGUAUCCCUAUGAAAAUGAUGGUAUAUUGGAAUAUGAGCUACAGUUUUUACUAUAAUGGGCACUUUGCUCUCCCUCUGCCCUCCCCUCUAGUUAUGGGAUGCGCUACAUUGCCAAAGUCUUGAAGACGUCCUUACGAGAGAAGUUUCCAAAUUCUACAGAGGACGAGAUCUACAAGGUGGGUGUAUUUAUGGCCUUGAGGGACGGAUGGCCGUAAUCAGCAGGACAAGAGUUCGAGUUGCGGUUUCUGGGGUGCGUUAGUGUGGGCCAAAUGCUUGCUGUAGCCGCGCCGGGAAGUGACUUUUAAGACGGCUGCCACACUAGCCAUUUUAUAUUCUUCUGACCCUCGGCUUCUCAAAGGCAGGACUUGGGUCUAAGAUUUAUAGUACUACAUUAUGAGUACUGCCUGUUGUUCUGUUUUUAAUCAUUCCUUUCAAAAUAAUCAGAGGGAAAUUGAAAAGGUCAAGGAGAAAUGGCGGGAAUCGGGGACUUGACAAUGAGGCUGAGAGAAAGAAGAUGUACCGAUGUAGUCCUGGCAUUUUGGCAGGAAAAAAAUGGCCUCCCCACACCAUAGUAUAAUACGUUAAACAAAUAUUAUCAGUUAUUCAAUUCUGCUUGGGAUGGAAGCUUUAAAAUGUUGGGCUCUAAUGAAGGCGACCCUGCUCAGUUGUAAAUGUUUAACACAGUCGGCCAACCCCUCUCCUAGGUUGUUGGGAACCUGCUCUACUAUCGUUUCAUGAACCCGGCUGUGGUGGCCCCUGAUGGCUUUGAUAUUGUUGACGUCUCGGCUGGGGUAGCGCUCCACCCCGACCACAGGCGCAACCUGGGCUCCAUUGCGAAGGUCUUGCAGCACGCCGCUGCCAACCAACUCUUUGAAGGGGAAAACAGCCACUUGCGGGUAGUGAACCAGUACCUAGAGGAAACCCACCUUAAAUUCAGGUUGGUUUGAAGAACUGCUGAGUGGAAUGAGGCCUGGAAACAAUGGGCACCUCUCUGCUUGGCCCUUGGGGCUCUCACAGGCCUUGUUCCACGCCCUCUUUGGGUGCUUUUGCCUGACUAGAAUGUGCUCUUGAACUGUGAUCCUAUCUCUUGCUUGGCUGGAAGGAGGAUAGAGAGUUCUAGGGGUGUGGAGUGGGGUCCCAGAUUCAGCCCCCCCAGUGGUUGGCCUGAGAGAGUCCUGCCUGAAACCUUGGAGAGCUGCUGCCAGUCAGUUCAGACAAUACUCUGCUAGAUGGACCCAAUGGUCUGACUCAGUGUAAGGCAGCUUCCUGCGUUCUUAUUAAUCAAUUUCCUAAAGAUAUUUGGAAGUUAAAAUUGAACAUACAAAAGCUUCACUGGCUAGCUUUGUACUAAUUUUUUUUCUCUUGGCCUUUAUGUUUCUAUCUGUAAAAUGGGAGUAUCAGCCAGUUACAUUGCACCUGAUCCCUGUGCUGCUCUGCUGCUUGGUUUUUUUGUUUUGUUGGUUGAUUGAUGAGAAAAAGAUUAGAUCCUGCAAGUCUGAAGUCUUCCCACCUUUACCUUAAGCCACUAAUAUGUUACAUCAGACUAGUAAAGAAUCAAAUGUAUGGGCUUUUAUGCAUGACUGCAUUGAAUUAAAGGCGUCAUGGAGAGGGUCAGGCCUCCAAAUAUCCUAGCCUUGAAGUAAACGACCCGACUUGAGCAUGAGUGUGUGGGGAGGGGGACACCCUUCAUGGUUUGAUUUGGUUUUUCAUUCUGCACCUUCUAGAAGAUUCAUCAGUGCUGCCUGUUCUGUCCCUGAACCAGAAGAGAGGUUUAAUAUUGACAAGUAUUCAGAGAUGGUGGCCAUCACAAAGCCAGUGGUCUACAUAACAGUUGGGGAGCUAAUUAACACACAUAAGGUGAGGGGGUGAAAUUAUACUUACUUACUUACUUACUUACUUACUUACUUACUUAGCCAAACCUUUAUUAGGCAUUACAAAUAUAGGCCAUCAUAAAACAUCCAUAUAUAUAAAUUUUUAAAAGAUAUACAAAUAAACAGCCAUGUAAAAAUAGGUAAUAACAAGGAUUUUUAUUGGAGUUUCGUCCUGCUAAAUAGUGCCAUUCACCACUCUAUCUAUCUGUCUAUCUACUUUGGGAACCACUGGUCCAAACUAUGCACAAUGAAGUUAUUAACAAAUGCUUCACAGAAAACACUAAGCCAAACAGUGGUUCUCAACCUUGGGUCCCCAGAUGUUUUUGGCCUACAACUCCCAUGAUCCCUAGCUGACAGGACCAGUGGUCAGGGAUGAUGGGAGUUGUAGGCCAAAAACAUCUGGGGACCCAAGGUUGAGAAGGGCUGGAACUUUAGAAGGAACAUUCACACCUGUGGGUUUCUGGAGUAAAGAUCGCGGCAACAGUGCUCCUGCCUGGUUCUGAUGCUACUGUGCUACCCGACUGAGCCACAAUUUUAUUGUUCUUGAUUUGCCAUUCAUAAACCAUGAUCCUGGGUUCAGAUGUUACCUUAAACCAAACCAUGGUUUAGUGCCCGGUAGCCCAGUAGCAACAGCACUGGGGGAAGAAUGAUGUGGCUGUGGUCUUCACUCUGGGAUACUUCAGGUUUACUUGUUCACACUAAGCUAUCAUUUUCUGUGGAUAUUAGUAAUUAACUGUGCCACUGAUGCUUUUGUAUUUGCUGUCAUAGCACCCUCUUGUGGCAAUGAGUUCAGUUGGCUACCUUAUUCUUGAUUAAUUUUUCUUUCACUUCCCCUGUUCCAUUUUUGCUCAAACUCCUGUUCCCUUUUUAAACUGGAUUUUUACAUCUGUUUUUAAAAUAGCAUUUUAUAUUUAUAUUGGUUAAUUGGUGCUUUCAAGCAUUCUGAUGCAUUUAUUUUAUUCUGGUGUCCUUGUAUGUUUCUUUGAAUGCCUUUUUGGCAGAAAAGCAGCCUAAGAUAUUUAUGCACAUAAAUAAACAAGCAUUGCAUUUAUGGCCUUUCAUCUUUGGUGAUUUGAUAGUUGCUGCUGGAGCACCAGCGUUCCGUGGCUCCUGAACCUCGAGACCCUCUACACGAACUUCUAGAAGACCUUGGAGGCUUGCCCACCAUCCAGUCUCUAAUGGGUAAAGCACAGCACAAAUUUCAACUUGACAAAUUACAUUUUCCAGAGGGGUAGUUGUGCUAGUCUCUCUUGCAGGAAAAGCGACGAGAGUGACUUGUGGGACCUUAAAGACUAACACAUUUAUUGUGGCAUAAACUUCCAUGAAUCAUAGACCACUUCAUCAGAUGCAUGUUGCCAGAAUGAUAACCCAGUUAACACUCCUAAGAAUGUGGCGGUACUAGCAAUAGAAGUGCUAUCUUGAACAGUCCCUGUGAUAGGGGGAGAGAUCACUGCUAAGGACUGGGUAGGGAAGUAAAAGAAUAAAGUAUAGUUCAAUCCUCUGCAGGCUUACCCACAACCCUUCCUGAACAUUGAGGCCCCUGUCUAUUCAUUUGCACACAUGAGUAAAGACUUACUUUUCAUUUGUAAAAAUAUUUCUUUCUCGCAGUAUUUGUGGCCAAUAUCAGGUGGAAUAUGCCGUUCACUGUCUGUUGAUCUGUCCUUUAUUUGGGAUUCCAAGAGAGAUUUCUGAAACCUUUGCUGACAUACUGAAACAGGAAUGCCUUGGUAGAAACAAUCAAAUUUCUUUUGAGUGACACAAGUGGCUUCGUGAUACAAAAAGUAGCUCUUUUUUGCACUGGCAGCAAAAAAAAGACUAGAAGGAAAGAGUUAGAUUAUAUUGCUGUGAAUUGUUUUGGAGAUGCCGAGGUUUAAUCUGAAGCUGAGAUAGCUAGUGGUACUUAUGAUUUUUCUUAUUUUAUAUUAUUGAUGUUUGUUUUAUUAUUAUUUGCAGGUGACAGUGUGGGACACGGAGCCAAUGGGACUUCGGAGCAAACUCUGACUCAGCUCGCCAAGACGGAAAUUUCACUCAUCCUUGGCAACAAAUUUGAUGUGGCGGAGGCCAAUAUUGAGGGGGGAAAGGAUACGGAAAGCUUGCUGUUGAGGUGGGUGGAUGACUGCAUUGUAACAGGCCUACCCUGGCUUUUGGGAUACGAAUGCUAUCUGAGGACUCAGCAACAUGAGGCUGUUUCUAUAUCUUAAAGAUAUAGUUUUAGGUGUAUCAAUUAUAGCAAAAGCCUUUUUAAAAAGGAUGAUGAUGCAUAACCACUCUGGGCUCGUACAGGAAGAAUAAUUAGAAUUGCAAUGAAUAAUAACCACCAAGAAAGUCACAAGAGUAAACAAUGGACAUGCCCACAUUUAAAGACCUGAAACCUUUCGAAUAUUAAAUAAUGUCAGAGACAGGGCAGAGUGCAUCACUAUCAUUUUUGUAACUGGCAGAAAAUUACAAGCAAACCCGCCCAAACAGAAAAAUGAUGUUUGCGUGUGAAUUGACUUCCUGGGCAAGAUAUAUAAUCUAGGUGCUCCCAGGAAGCUGCCUAAAUUUGUUCAGGGUUAGAGCCAAAAUCCCAUGCCUAAGAUCCUGGUUCUUGUUCCAACAACCCAGUGUGAAAUUUUGCCUAAAGAAGAGAUGUCCUUGCCCAGGUGCCUGUCAAUCCUAUUUUGCUGUGAAUGUAAGAAGAUUCUUUAGACUGAGUCAGCUCAUUUGUCCAUUAAGCUCAGUACUGCUGAACAUCAGGCUUUGCCCAACCUAGUGUUGUCUAGAUGUUUUGGACCACAACUCCCCUUCACUCCAGCUAGCAAAGCUGUAGUCCAGCGUGUAGGCCAUGUUGGCUGGGGCUGAUGGAACUUGUAGUUCAAAACAUCUGGAGAGUAUGAUAUUGGUGGAGGCUGGUCAACGCUGAUAGGUAGCGGCUCAGCCAAAGGAAUACAGUAUUUUUCAGCCCUUAUUUCCAUGGUAGUUUUAACUAGAAAUUCCAACAAAUGAACCUGGGCAUGCAAAGCAGACCCUCGACUCCUAUUUGCUGAGGUUUCAUAGAGAUCUCCAGCUGGAAUGAUAAAGCAACUAUCCUGCAUUAAAGCACAGUAAUUGUAGUGGGGUGGGAGAGCUGAAAAUAAUGACAAGGUAUUUCAGCAGGAGGCUUAGUUUGGUCCGAAUCAAGUAUACACUUCCAGAGUUAACGCUGAAUACGUUACUUCUGGUAAAUGAGCCACAAAAGCUGCUAGAGGCCUGUGAAAAUUUGUGUCUUGAGCUUUUUAGACUCGGCUACCCAUGUACUGUCUGAAACCAAAGGGGCACAUUGGUUGCCAGAUGUGCUUCCCCCCCCGCUCUUACCCCCCCCCAUUGGUUUGGGAAAUGCUCGGGGGAGGUGGGGCGAGUGAAAAUGUCCUUUCUCUGCAGAUACCAAAACUGGAUCACUAUUUUCUUCUAUCUUUUAAAGCACUAAGCAGAUGCUGGUCGAUGUGAUCCAGUUCCAACCUGGCGAUUCUCUUGUGGAGAUGCUGCAGACGAAGGCAUCAGAGGAUCAGGUAAGUCCGUUCUGCAACAUAGGUGCCUGUGUGUAUUGCAGAAAAUGGAAGGCACAGCCAAAAGGUUUUUAAGUUGUUAAAAACAAAAUCAAUUUCUGGAUGGAUAAAUAUUUGCAAGUAAAUCUUGAGUGUAUGCAGUUGUACCAGGCUAUCUGAAUGAUCAUGAGACCAUUUCUCACUCUUAGUAAGUGAAAUUCAGCAUGUAAUGAUUGGCCAUCGAUGCAGCUUUAAAGCUAAUAAAACCCAUCAUGCAGGACAUUGGCAAGGCACCACUCUCCCUUCCUACCUAUUGUGAAAUAUUUUCCCUUUAGCGUAAGUAGAAAAGCAUGAGCCGGUCUUCUCUUUCUCUCCAGGAAGCCCUCCACCACCACCUUAUGAAGAGAAGGGCCUUAUGCAAUGCCCAAGCCCCAGACAAGCUGAGAUGCAACCACACUCUGGUCAGUAACAGCCACCUCUCAAUAGCAGAGAAGCAGCGGAUCAUCCUCAAGAAUCUGCGGCGUCUUGAGAGCCUGGGCAUGGUGGACUCUGCCAACCAGUACCAGGACAUCAUCAAUGAGAUGGCCAAGGUAUGCAGGGCUCUGUGCCUGAGAAAUCUCAAGGGAAGAACAAGAGACAAGGAACAGGGAAUGGAGAAGAAUGUACCAUGCAUCACAAGGGGCAAAAUAUUUUUUAUUGCUGGGAUGGAUCUAUAGCUAUCUAUCUGCCUUCACCUACCUGAUACCCUCAAGUUGUUUGGGACUGCAAGUCCCAUCAGCCCCUGUCGACACAGCCAUAUAAUGCUGUGGCUGAUGGGAGUUGUAGUCCAAACCAUCUGGAGGGUGCUCAUUAGAUCUCUUUCUAGCCAACAAAGCAGGACAGUCCACUUUGGGGAAGGGCUUUGGCUUGGUGGGCAAACAUUUACUUUUCUUGCUGAAAGUCCCAGGUUCAAUUUCCGGCAGCAUCUUCAAGUGAGACUUGGAAACAGUGUUCGAAAUUCCCAUUGUUCUAGGCGCGUUUUGCGACAGGGAAUUUUAUUAGCACAAGCCAUUUCUGAGCUCUGGGCACAGUACUGAGCCUAAGAUUUCAGAUUAAAACUUGUCACUGCUGGAAGAAAAGGAGGACCUUUUUCUGCCUCCCCACUUCCAGCCACUCUCUGAAGACUAGAGGAGGGCCCUUCAUAAGAAUAUUAGGGGGCAGGCAGGGGAAGUAUGGCUUUGUUUUUUGCAGUCUUCAGAUAGACCAUGUGAAAAGUGAACAUAAGAUUUCAGCUGCAGUUCGUUCAUUUUCAGCUUUGCAUUCUUGUUUUUAAAAAAGCGCACCUAAGCACUCCAUUGCAGCGCCCAUAACCUAGGCUUAAGGUGCCAUUUAGCUCCUAGAUUUCAUAUCUCAGUUUCUAACACUGCUUGGAAAUACUCCCUGCCUGAAACCCUGGAGAGCUGCCGCCAGCCAGUGUAGACAGUACUGAGCUAGAAGGGCCAAUGGGCUGACUGCAUCAAAGGCAGCUAUAAAAUAACAAUAACCCCAGUAAGAAUAGCAAAGAAGGUUAAGGAACAGAACUGGGAGGAAAAUGAAUGCAGCGUAACAAGGAGGAGAGAAAGAAUUGCUUUGUAUGCUUCCAACGGUCUCAGCUUAUGCUGGGCCAAAUCUCCUUUGCACAUACCCUGCCCUUCUCGCCCAUAGGACAUCCGGAACCAGAGGAAGUACCGACAACAGCGCAAGACGGAGCUGGCCAAGCUGCGCCAGAUUCUGCACAGCCUCAGCACCAAGAGGAUGUUUUUUGAGGAGCAGGUCGACUACUACAACCAGUACAUCCGGACGUGUCUGGACAACCUGGCAGCUAGAAACAAGUAAGCCUGGUAUUAAUCUCAGGCUUGUAACUGAUGCACCUGAGCCAGAAAUUGUGUGUGUGUGCAGGCUGUAGCUCAGGGCUUGUUCUCCGCUUGCAUCAGGUCCCUGGCAAAAUGUAAUGUGGCCAAGGGUAUCUAUGCCCUGGUAACCUUCAUGUUGGAUUACUGCAAUGGGGCUUCCUUAAGGAUUUUGCUUUUAGGUAAUUGCCACUCUGUCCUUGGCACCUUCAUUUUCUAUCAUCUAUUUUUUUAAUUCUGUGAAAAUCCCCGAGAUCUUCUGAUGAAGGGCACGAUAUAAAUUGAAUCAAUAAAAUGAAAUGAAUAAAUCUCACUUCCAUCUGAAUUCAGUUGCUCAUGCUACCUACACUCAUACAUUCUGGCCAGGCCAAAGCACUUGAGGGGAGGGCACAAAGCAGGGCGAGUUUGGCGUGGGGGAGUGGCUGGAGAGAAUCCUUAGGGCUGGAUAGAGCUGUUUGGAGGGCCAAUUGUGGCACUUGGGCCUGAAGUUAUUUUUCCCCUCCCCCUGCUGUAUACAGUCGUACCUUGGUUCUCUAACAGAAUGCGUUCUGGGAGUCUGUUCAACCCCCGAAACCAUUCGAAAACCAAGGUGCGGCUUCCAAAAAUUGUUCAAAAACCAGAACACUCACUUCCAUACUUCAAUCGUUCAGCAGCCGAUUUGUUCGGGAGCCAAGGCGUUUGAAAUCCAAGGUCCGACUGUAUAUCCUUGCCAAAGAGUUUUCUUCGUAUAUUUUUACUACUGCUUUUAUUGUAUGGUUUUUAUAAUUUUAUAAUCCUGUAUAUGUGAGAAAGAGUGUGUGUGAGGGUGGGGGGAUGGCCUGCAUGCACCUCCCCCCAGGGGUUGGCCAAGGGUGCGGGUGACCGUCUGGCCUAAAAGGACUAGCCAGCCCUGGGCUACACCAGCAGUUGAGGCAUCCUCUGGCUUGGCUUGUGUUCAGUAAAGGGGGCAAGUAGAUGGGCAGAGUCGGAAGGGACUAUGAGGGUUGUUAAAAAGGCCCUGUCUACAAACACCAUGCAUAUCCCUUUCUUUUACAGGCCCAGCAAGAAACAAGCAACCUUACAUUACACAGCAGCCCGCCUCUUUGAGAAAGGUGUUUUGCUGGAGAUUGAAGACCUGCCAGCCAGCCAGUAAGUCCAGGCGCCUCCUGCCCUCUCCAGUUCCAUCCAAUGGAAACUACAGCUCCUCUCUCCAUGCUCUCAGGCUUUUGUAACCAGCCUCUCCCCAGAGUGCUCGUUCUUGAACUUGGUUGCCAGCUCAUUUGCGUGGUCUGCUCGUGUGAGCCGUCUAAGGUCGAACCAGCAAGCUUGCAUGAAAUCAGAGUUUAUGGGCUUUAGCUCAGUGGCGGAGCAUGCAUUUGGUGGCUGAGUUCGAUUUGUUCACUGCUGAAAGCCAAACCACUAGCCACUAUUCCAUGCUGUCACUUGGUACCAAGAAUUAUCCCAGGAUCCUGACCUCCAGUUGCCCUCUUUCUCCUCUAUGGUUUUAAAAUUGCCAUCAUUUCCCCCCCCCCCCCCUCUUUUUCCAGACUCAGGAAUGUGAUAUUUGAAAUAAUCCCUUGCGGUGAAGCUGGCAAGUUCCAGGUGAAGGCAAAAUUUAUGGGAGUUGACAUGGAGAAGUUUCAGCUCCACUACCAGGUAAGGAGCUGGCAGAGCUGUCCUUUUGCUCAAAUUAUAACAUUGCCAGUGUGCAAUUCUAGGUUCACGAGGACAGUUCCAUUCUUAUGUUUAUUUCCAAGGAGCUCAAGGUAGUGUGCUUUAUUGCUGUUAUAAUUUAUUUAUUAAUCGCCUUCUAAAUCUGAAGGCAAUUUAAAACAUUUUUAAAGACUGAAAUCAGCAAAAAAGCAGACUAAAACACACAACAACAUCUGGGUAGGCUUGUUGAAACAAACAAUUUUUUUAGCAGGAGCCAAAGAGUACAGUGAAGGUGCCUGCCUUGUAUCAAUAGGCAGGGAGUUCCAUAGGGCGGACGCUACCACACUUAAAUGCGGCUGACUUUCCUCUCUCCAUACCUGCUCUUUCUCAGGACCUUCUCCAGCUCCAGUAUGAGGGUGUCGCCAUCAUGAAAAUGUUUGACAAAGCCAGAAUCAACGUCAACCUCCUGAUCUUCCUCCUCAAUAAGAAGUUUUUCAAGAAAUAAAUGAAGGCCUGAAGGUCAAAUGGGCACCAAUGUCUUCUAGGCGUAGCUCGGUGGUACCAAAGAGACAGUGGUGCUCACAGUGCUUUUGUGUUGAACCACAAGCAAGCCCACGAUAAUCAACUCAAAAUUCCUGAUUCUGGCUUAAUUCUCACUGGGGUGGUGGUCAACCUGCAUCCGGGCCGGACCACUUCAGAAAGACAGGACUGGAUGCUUCUCUGCACAAAAUUUUGUUUUCUUUUAAUCCUUGCAUGUAGAAUGCUUGCAUCUCAGGGAGAAGUCUAAGGUAGAACUGUUCUCUCUGGGAUCGUUUACAAUGUGCUGGGAAUUUACUUGUACAAUGGGGUCUUCCAUAAUAAUGUGGGCCCCCAUGUAGAGUCACUAGAUGCAAGUAUUUUUAAAGUCACAAAGGCUGGAUUUAUCAGAGAGGAGAGGGGGAUAUUUAUGCUGGCCCUGUGCCAGCCUUCCUCAACCUGAUGCCCUCCAGAUGUUUUGGUCUACAGCUUCCAUUGGCCCUAGCCAGUGCAUGCUGGGAUCAAUAGUCCAAAACUUCUGGAGUGCACCAGAUUGGAGAAAAAGAUGCUCUGCAAUCCUUCAUCAGCCAGUCUCUGAUGAAGAGUCAACCAUACACUCCCCAAUUAGUGAUGGAUGGAAAUUUUACACACCAGGAAAAUUUCACUCCUAUUCUGCUUUGUUUUUCUGUGUCUCUGAUUUCUACUGAUUCCAUAUGUGUCUGUGUUACUUCCUUCUUUGAUGCAACUACAACAGAAAAUAAGUUCCAAUAGACUUGACAUUAGAGAUACCAAAGACCCUCAACUGUUGUUUUUUAAAAUUCCAGUGUGCUUUUUAAAAAAAGUUAUUUAUAUCAGUGCAUUUUUAAAAAUAAUGCUUGGAAUGCUGUUGCAAAAAUACUGACAAUUAAGGGCCCCUGCCUGAUCUCUGGAAAUCCAAGUAUUGACCGGCAAAUGUUUAAUUAUGAUAUCUAGUUUGCAUUAAUGCUGUCAGCUGCUGGGUUAUAUCAUUAUUGCUGCUUUAAGAUAUAUUCCACCAUUCAGCAGCAUUUAGAUUUGGUUUAUGUAAUUGCUGAACUAGUGGAAGUCUAGUGGGCUUUUUAAAAAAUUAUAUAUUCAAGGGAUUUGAUAAUAAAUAAAUAGAAUUGUAUUUAAUUUGUGGGUCAUAAUUCACUCUUAAUAGAGUUUCAAAGAUGAGUGCUUGGGACAGCCUUUGUCAACCUGGUUCCCUGCAGGUGCUUCUGACGACAACUCCCAUUGACCCCAGCUGGCAUGGCCAUUUUGGACCACAAUUAUUUAUUAGUAGCAUUUACCCCAGAGAGUGAAAAGGUUCCUUCUGAAUAUGAAGGGUUUAGUCUGCCUCUUGAGUGUUACUUAGUUCAGCCUUCACCAAAUGUCUUCAUUCCAGGUGCUUUAGACUACAAAGCCCAUCAGCAGCUACAGCUGUGCUGGCUGGGGCUGAUGGGAAUUAUAGUCACUGAUGGAGCUAGAUCAGUGGUUAAUAAUAACAUUAAUAAUAAUUUAUUAUUUAUACCCCGCCCAUCUGGCUAGGCUUCCCCAGCCACUCUGGGUGGCUUCCAACAAAAUAUUAAAAUACCGUAAUACAACAGUGUAGCAGGAGAGGAUGGCAAGUGUGGUGUGAAGAUUCAGGGACAACCAAAGAAACAUGAAGACAUUUCAGUGCAAUACGGUAUAGUAUAGUAUAAAAAAAUUAUUUAUUUUUUAAUUUGCAGAAUAUGGAUAGAUAUCUCUUCAAAAUGAGAGCAAGAGCAUCAAGUGAUAUUGAGGACAAUCCUAGUUAUGUUUUCCAGUGUUGUUCUUAUGAAUAAAAAAAUAGGUGUGGCAUGAGCAAGUUUUUAUUCUGAAAAUGUGGCCCAGAGAAACCACUGAGCUAGAUAAAUUUAGACCAAAGACUUAACUGCUUCACAUAGCCAUCUAAAGACAAUUAACAUUUUUUUCCUCCCACCUCUAUCCCAUGCUUUCCAACUGCUUCUGUAUUCCUGUGAUGUUAGAUGGGGGGGACGGGACCCAAACAAAAGCCACUUUCAUUAACUGUGAUUGAAAUGCAGAUUUGCAUUUUAAAAACUCACUUAACUUCUCCCCUAAUGCUAAAUUCACCACUUAGAUAUGCUAAUCGUUCUGGUACAUAAAUGCCUUAAAUAAAUAAAUGCAUUUGCUUUGG